CGCCGCAGCAUCGCACGCACACACGCACACGCGUAUCACACGCAUCACCACUGCACACGGUCCUGCUGUCCGCGGGGACUGCCGACAGAAAAUUCAGUCACUUAUUCGCCGCGAGUCAGUGACGACCCAACACUGCAGCACCACCACCGCAGCCGCGUAAUAAAAACAGUAUCUAACAAGACGCCGUAUAGCUGUCCGCGCCGCAUAUCAUCGAUAUACUGCUGCAACAGUGUACAUCACUUUGGCGGCGCGACCGUGUGCAGCAGUCGUGUAUGUCCGGCAGACACCGCGCUCGUAUCCAGUGCCGCUUCUAAAUGGACGUACUACACGGACUCGAGAAGUAAGACAUUUUUUUUUUUUUUCUUCUCAUCUUUCGUAUAUCUGCUGAAAAAUAAAAAAAAAAAAAAAAAUAAAAGCCGCGAUUUAUUUCAAAGAUCUCGUCCCUUAAUUGUAAUAAUUUUCUUUUCCGCGUUAUAAUUUUAUAACGCAGGUAUGAAAUCAACCUUCUUUAGCUACGCCAAACUGUAUAGAAAAAAAUGCGUAGAGCAAUAAUGAUUUUUCAAGAAAUUCGUUUACACUCGUCCGUUCGGGUAAAUUUUUUUUUAAUCUAUUUUAUUACUGUCAAUAUUGUUAAAACUUCAAAUAUAUUUUAUUAUUAUUUUUUUUUAUUUCAAUAUUGAAAUAAUACGUUUAAAAUAUUAUAAACUAAUCAUUCGUUUCAAUUUUCAAUCAAUUUUAGAAAAAUAUUGUAACAGCUGUAAAUUAGAUAAUAUAAUUUAUUUUAUUUUUUUUUUUUAACACAACGACACUGUAAUAUCAUAAUUUAUUUCGCAUCGAAAUACGUAAAUUUCGCCGUCUUUAUAAUUCAAAUAUUUGUCUCAACGGUAUUUUUUGAAUAUUUCGAGGGAAAAUUAUUGUAAUUAUAUUUGCAGACAUCAACAUGUAUAUUAUUUACUUAAUGUAUAAUUUAUACUUUAUGUACUUAUUAUAUACGAAAACAACUAUAAUAACAAAAUAUACCCAAUGUAUUAUUAUAAUAGAUUCAUGUAUUUUAGAUAUAAUAUGUAGUAAAUAUAUAAUAUAUACCUACCUAUUAUUAUGCAUGUGUAUGUAAUUAUAAUUUAUAAUAAAUAUUCGGAAAUCGAUAAUCAAAAGGAAACUAACUACACAUAAAUACAAUAAUAAGAUAAAUUAGCGAACGCAUGAUUUUACGUGUUAAAUUUAAAAAAAAAAAAAAAAACUAAAUUGUUUUUUAUUCGUUUACUUAACCCGAAUUAAUUAUUGUUGUACUUAAAUUGCGUCAAGUGUAUAAAAUAGGUAUAUGUGUUGAAAAAAAAAAAAAAAAACCCAGUUUUGAAUAAUAUUUUUGUGCGCUAACGAAAAAUAUCGCAUAUUAUAAUUCUGUGCGUUAUUGUAUUUAUCGCUGUAUUAUACUUGUAAAAACGAUCGUUUCCCACUGAAACGAAACGUUUACGAUUUACGAAUCGACACAUUUUCUUCCCGCGAGUUACGCGAUCGUCAAUAGAUUUAAACGGACGACAAUAAUAAUAUCGCAUAUGUUCUAUAUGCAUUCAAAUAAUACGCUACAAUAUUAUUACCUAUUAUUGUGCGUUUUUUAUUCGGCGUUUAAACGGAAACGAUCGUUUUUAUAAUCGAGUUGUUUUUUUUUUUUUUUUAUACUAUGCAAAACUUGGUUAGCGCGACCCGACCGGGAUUUGUUGAAGGCGGAAUCGGUGUUGUCGCGUGUCUACGAUUGAAAAAAAAAAAAAAACAACGAAUAAGCGCCGACACGUUUUAAUAAGCGCGUAUCAAUUAAACGCGCUUAGUGGGGGCUGGGGGUACGGACACCCAGAAAGUCCCCCUCCCCGCAGAGAUUGCGCUACCGCGCAUGAGUGCGGCGGUACAUUAAAGUGUAUUCGAAAUGUAAUCGAAAUUAUCGGUAACGAAUACUCCGCGCCGCGGUAUAAUAUAUUACAUAAUACUGUGGUAUUGAAUUCACUAUCCGUAAAACGAUAAAAAUAUAUUUUUACGAGCGAAUCACAAUUUCACGACGCGAUUAUUACAAAUGCCCACGCGAUUCCGACGUGGUAUCGACAACGCCAAUGAUAUUAUACAGCAUAUUUUUGAUUAACAAUAAUAUUAUCGAUAAUAACUAAAUAAUUAACAUGUUAUAUUUAUUCGAGGUUCCCUCGUUCAAUCGAAAUCUAUCCGCUAUCGAUAUACGUUCAUAUGUAUGUACAUAAUAUUCCCCACACAGUUGAAACUAAUUGUUAUUUUAUUUUUUUAAUACACACGUGCUUAACGAUAAAUAACUAACGUAACGAUAAUUGUAACGUACACACGCGUAUACAUUUCUAGACGACCCGGGAGUAUACCGAACGUUAAAGAGUAUAGUUAAUUAGAUUACCUAUACUAUAUAUAUGAUACUUAACGGACAAUUAUUUUCAUAAAAACGAACUUGUUAUUAUUUUCUCAAAAAAAAAAUAAAUAAAUAAAUAAAUAAAAAAAACAAACACAUUUCACAUUAUUUUGUCUAAACAAAUUUAACAACAUCGUAUUAAUAGUAUUAACUUUGCACGUGUGUGUUGUUAAGUCAAAACUAGAACGAAACUGUUUUAACAUACAUACAUUUUGGUUAAACACUAAUACAAUUACACAUUCGUACGUGUACCGUUUUCCGUACAUUGAACAGUAUCUUUUUAAACGAAUUUGCGAUCAGAGCCUAGAGUACUACAAGUGUAUUAUAAUAGUUUAUAACGAAUAUCGAGAGACUUUAAUGCUCCUUCACUCGAACGGCAAUAUUCGUACCUAUAAGAUAAAUAUAUCAAUUUCAAAACAGUUUUCAAUAAUAAAAGCAGAUCACCCGUGAGUAGCAGAGCUCCGUCAUUAGAUUCGAAUUUUCUCUCUCCUCUAUUUUAGAAAUAUUCUUUGCGAAACAAUAAUUAUUAUCAUCCGAAAAUAUACCUACUAUAAUAGCACAAUAAAAAAUACAAUUUUUUUUUUUCUAUUAAUUUCCAAAAAAAUGACAGGCUCGAAAUCUGAAACCCUUAAAAGGCGCAUCCUUUCACUAACGUCAUACAAAAUUUCAUCCUCCUGGCCUCAUUUGGAGGGGGGGGUCUGUGAGGGUGUUCAUAUUGAUAAAAACACGCUGCUCUUGCUACUGAACAACACGAUGAAAUUCAUAUUGAAAUACAAUUCAACUCUAUUAUCGCUUUAAUCCGCGUAUAAAACAUCGUCAAUUAGGUAGAGAGCGAGCCGCUAAAAGCAAUAAUAAUAAUAAUUCGAUAUAUGUAUUUGAUAGAUGUAUUUUAUGACUUGUCAGACUGUGUAAAUUAAAGAAAUACUACUAUAACAAAAUUGUAAUAAGUUUAAUUGUUUUUAUAAAAUUAAACAAAAAUAAAUUUGUAUUGAUAAUAUCACAUGAGAUUUCAUAAAAGUAAUUUUUUAAUAAUAAUAGGAAUUAUUAUUAUAGUGCAGAAGUAUUAUAAUAAUAUUAUUGUUUGAGCGAUUCUUAAGGGGUUCUAAGCGAUCGGGUAUUUCGUGCAUUUAUAGACCUAUAACAAGCCAAAAAAAAACAUAUACACACAUAAAAUAAUUUGAAUUCGUUAACCUUUUUUCCCUUCUUUUGUAGAAAAAACUUUUUGUCGAAAAAAAUUGAUAAAAAUAAAUUGGUUUUAUUUCGGUUUUAUUGACCUUUAAAGUACAAGUUUAUAUUAAUAAAUUCAUUAUUUUCAUACCAAACUACAUAAACUAUCCAACAUAUUUCCUGAGCUGGUCCUAAACACAUAGAACAUUUAUUUACAAAAAUAGAGAGGAAGCUAACAAAUUUAAAUUAUUUUUUAAAAUUAAUACAUAUACAAUAAUUGUUCUUCCGCUUUUGGUACCACAAGAAGAAAAAUACAUUCGAUUAUGCACUUUAAAAUGGUUUUAAUCAACUGCGUUCCGAAUCAUCUGAAAAUAUAAAUUAUUACUUUUAUUAUUAUCAUUAUAAUUAUUAUUAUUUUGUUCAAACUAAAUCUUUAUAUUAAUAUUCUAACGUAAACUGAUGCAGCACUUAAAAAGGACCAAUACCUUCAGUGUGUAAUAUUAUUCGCUCGUUUUGUUUUUAUGGUCAUAUCGCUGAUGAUGUGUAAAUUGUCUCUACGAUUGUGUAGAAAACUAAAAUAAUAUCGAUUUAAUGGCACGGGUUUGUAAUAAUAAUGAUGAUUCGCAAAAAAACGAAAAUCAAUGUUUAAAUGUUCUUCGUAAAAUAAAUACCGAAUACCUAUAUAGUAUAGGUCUUAUACGAAACGUUGUUCGUUACUCAACGCAUUUUUUUUUUUCUUAAAAAAAUAUGACACUUUGGGUAUGUGCACAUUGCGCACAGAUUCUCAGUCUAUAAAUUCAUUAGUAUUUUAAGUAUUCUCUCGUCUGGUACAUUGGUGCGACCGACGGCAUGUCGAGUUAUUUUUUAUGUAUAAUUUUUUUUGUACGCCGUCAAUGCACAAUGCAUUCAUUUUAUUUUGUUUUUUUUUUUUACGCCGGAGCACAAAUCAUCAAAUAAUCGAAUUAAACAAAUUUGCUUGCAAUUUUUCUUAUACAUAUAUAUGUCAUCGGAUUUAUCUCUAUUUUUUUUUUCUAUAGUAUUUUACUGAAAUGCAGUUUCAUUAUAAAAUCUCUUUGUCUUUCUCUCUCUAUAUAUAUAAAUUAUAAAUGUUCAGGAUAAUCAUCGAACCGUGUACACUGUACAUAGUAAAUAUUUGUUAUUAAAAUAUUUGUUGUUAUAUAUGUAAACAUACGUUCGUAAGGUCUAACAGUGUUCUCGAGUAUAUUAUUAUAUAAAUAAAAUUACUUGUUUGAAACUCAAGAAAAUACAUUGACGAUUUAAUAAUAUUAUAGGUAUUCACUAAAAGUACUAUGAAAUCAGUUUUAUUUUUUGACAAACAUGCGCCGUUUCUUUAGUAUUAUUAUAUUAUUUUUUUUUUUAAACUCGUAAAUUUUCGGGUUUAGCAAUUUAUUUUGUUAAUCAUUAUAAAAAACAAAAUAAUGUCAAUAAUAUUAAUUAUAUAAUAUUAAGUGUCGAUGCAGUAUAACGCACUCGCCAUAAUCUGUAAUAAUAUUAUAAUACUCAUAAGUAGGGCAUAGAUUUAUAUGCCUUUAAAAUGCACAAAGAAGCGUUCAAAACGUCAAAAAAGCUCUAAAAAAAAAAAAUCACUUAAAAAAUAUUUAAAGAAUCAAUAAAGGUAGAGAAGUUUAAAGUUUCCCCUUUUAUUGUUUCUAACUUAUUAGAAAUAAUUUUUUAACACAAAAAAAAAUGUUUAUUUCCUAGUAAUUUUUUUUCAAAUAAAUAAUAAUUGUACGUGUUAUAAAAAAUAAAAUGCUUUGUGUUAAUCAUUUUUCAGUGUUAGAAAAAUGUAUUUAAUGGGGUGAGAACCGUCAGAAUGGGGACUUUAAAACUCGUCUACAACUAUUGCAUUUUUAAAUAUUUUUAAGUACUUUUUUGAUGAUUUAAGCACUUUUUUACGGAUUUUAAGUGCUUAUAAAUCCGUAGCCUAUUUAUAAAUGAAUAAAACAAUAAUAAUUGAAUAAUAUAAAUACCAAAAAAAUAUAAUAUCCCGAGUAGCAAUUUUUAUGCUGUCAAUGUGUUAAAUCAUUAAUAAACCAAUUGUUUAGAAGACCAUGGAGUGUAUCAUGCACCGUGUUUUAAGCAAUUUCGAUUACCGAAGUUUUAAAUGGGCUGCACCGUGCGCUCUGAGUGCAAUUAUUAGUUCUACCACUGUUUUACUGUUCAAAUUUUACUAUGAGCUAUUCGAGUAUUUGUCUAUCGUACAACUGUGUAAUGGUCGGUUAAAGCACCGUAUAAACGUGUAAUAUCAUACGGAAAUACGAGAAAUAAAAAGAUAAUGGGGACGGAUGCAGCCACUGGUGUAUGUGGAAAGUUGGAAAAGUAGGAUACAGACGGGAAUUUAAUGUAUAACUGUAAGCAAUGCUAAACCAUUGCUUACGAAAAAACGAUUCUGAGCGGAGUUCAGUUGAUAGUGAUGCUUUGUUAACAUAAUAUGAAAUAUUAUAAUAAAAUAAUUAAAUAGGUUCCAUAUAUUUUCUUUAAUAAUAUUUGUUUAAUGUUCUACCGAUUUUAUCGGUUUUCCUGUUUUUUCUCAGUUUUUCACAUUUGCUGAGAAAAUUCUUGAGAAAAUCAAAAAAAGACCUGUUUGAAGUACCUUCUCAGUGAAACUUCCUUUCAGAAACAUUGCUAUCAAUAAUAGUUGAAGCGAAAUUGCUAGUAGAAAAGUUUUCCACAGAAAAAAAAAUCGUAAUAAUAUAUUUGUUAUAUUUUAUAAAUUUUCCCGUUUUUUUUUCAGUUUUUCGUAUUUGAUGAAAAGAUCGAAAAAUGACUACUUUAUGAUACCUCCCCACACCGAUUUCCUCUCAAAAAAGUUGCUGAACCUGGGAAGUUAACGGUUAGGGCCUAACCUAAUUUGACCUAAUACACAUAACGACUAAAUCAUUAGGUUUCCAGACUACUGGAACAUAAAUCAUUAACGUUAUAUUAUAUGUACAGUAUAACGUCUCGAAAUUGCGGACUUUAAAUUCGAAACUAAACAACUUCUGAAUAGCGGAUACCAAUGCCAUAGCUAGGGGCACGUGACCCCCUUUCCCAGAUUUGUUUUAUUUUGUUCGUAAAUUCCGUGUAUUUUAUCAUUCUAAAAAAAUAGUAGAUAAUUUAAGAAUGAUUAGUAUUUUCCUCCUUCUGAAAUUUAUUUCUGGCUGAGGUACUCCUGAGCCAGAAAGGCAGGUAUCUGCCAGUAGGCGGACACCUACGAAUAAUAGAUACAUUUUUGGUAUUUGGGAAGGAAAUAUGUCGUGAGGGGAGGGGAGGGUGGUAAAGGAGAUUAAUUAAAGGACCAAAAUAGUAAGUUCCCGGGAGAAUCGGAAAGCUUUCAACAGUAGACUCUGAGCAUUAAUUGGACAAAAACAGUCGGUUCGCUGGAAGGACUCAGGGCAAAUGGUUAAAAAUAAUCGUAGGGCACCGGGAUUUUCACGAAAUACUGGAAAUAGCUUUUUCUAGACGUGGUAAAACGAACAAAACAUUCUAACAUUUUUGAGCUAUUAAUAGAAAUAGUACGUUUUUUUUUAAGUUUUAAUUUGAUAUUAUGGGGGUAAAAUUGUUUUGGUUGAUCAGAAAUGCUUGACAAUUUAACACACGAUUGUAAGUACAUAGUGGUCAAAGAAGAUUGUGGGCAUAGCUAAUGGAAUAUUUUUUUUUACGUUCAAAUUUUAAUUAAAAUAGUUGAAAUCAUGACAUUUUAAAAGUUUAAUCAAAUUUCGUUCAGGAUCGUUUUCCAAUAGCGAUGAUGCGUAUAUUAUAAUAUGUAAAUUAAACAACUCCGCGUAUCCUACCUUAUCUACUUCCCACUUAUAACAAUUCAGAUAUCGCAAUGAAUAAAAUACGUAAUACCUGUUUAAUACAAUACGGUAUACGUUGAUUUAUACAUUAUAAUAGAUACGUACCUAUAGGUAUGUAUUUUUCGGUCAAAAUAAAUACCAUCUAUAAUAUUUAUCGAUUUUAGCCGUUUGUGGGUUUAGAGAUAUCAGUAAAAAAAAACUGCAUAAGCUUAAGUCGUGCCCUGUGGGUGAUUGCAUUUGCACCCAAUAACCCGCAAUACACACAUCAUGUAGAUACAUCGUUUUUCGAACAAUGCACACGUUUCGAAUAACGGGUAUCUUAUAUUCAUAAUGCAUCGCCAUUCAGCCGUGUAGUGCCUUCAGGCAUAUUUUCGGUCUUUCUUUAACGCCAUAAUAAUACAACUAUAUAUUCGUGGCCACCGAUUAAGAAUAUCCGGGAUUUUAUAGUUUUUUGCCCGGUAAAAAUAUAUUUAGAUUCCUUAUAGGAAAUAAUGUAAGUAGUUACCUCUACCGGUACGCAUCGAUCAGAUAGACGUUUUUACACCCACGGGCAAACGGCCAAAAUUCCCACUAGUGCAUAUUACGACGCAUACGUAUCUAAUUAUUAUUGACUCGCGUUCACAGUAAUGUCCACAGUAUCGUUAUUAAUAUAUUAUAAUACGCAUGUGUGACGGUUUUUUAUCAAUCAUCUCUUUUUAGUAUACGCAUAUAUAAGUGUAUAAAGUCGGAUUAGAAAAAAAAAAAUUGUUAAACAGAAAUAAUAUUGUUGUGAUCGGCAAUAUAUAAUAUGAAGCCAAGGAGGGGGACAUACUAUAAUAAUAUAGUAUAGCGAAUUUUUCAAGGAGGUUUACGCAUCGUAAAGUCUAUUAGACAUCCAGUAGGGUAAGGUUUUAGAUUCUGAGCGGAGCGAGAGUUGUAUUGGUUUUACAAUGAUGUUUUUUUUUUCUGUGGAUAAUUUUUCUACCAGCAAUUUUGCUCCGAUUUACAAUGAUAGACAUUUUUCUGAAAGAAAAUUUCACUAUAGUGGUACCAUAAGGAAGUAAUUUUUCGAGAAAAAAUGUAGGAAAAACGGGAAAAUAGAUAAAAUAUUAAUCAAAUAUUUUUUUUUUCUGGGGUUUUCUUUUGGUCUUUAAAACCAUCUCGUACAAUAAAUUUUCUUCCAUCUCUCUUUGUCUUUUGCUACUUCCCUCCUGUUUAUUUUUGGAUCUACUGCUUUAACAUCCCUUUUAACACAGUCUUCUCAUCUAAAGUGAAGUCUGCUCAACGGUGUUUUUCCUAUCGGAUUCCCUCCUCAAUUACUACUUUUAUCAUCACGUCAUUUUUUUCUCCAGGAGUACCCGGUCCACAAAAACCUACUCUUUGCUGCUUCUCUUGAUAUGCACGGUUUUUGGAACAUAUUCUAAAGCUCAUCGUUGUUUCGUUAUCAAACUAUUAAUAUUAUUAAAGAGAAAAUAUAUAAUGCAUGUGUAAUUAUUUUACUAUAAUAUAUCAUAUAUUAUAUUGUUGACAAAGCAACACAAUUAACCGAACUCCGCUUAGAAUCGUUUUUCGUUAGCAAUGGUUAAUCAUUGUGUACAUUCAAUUUCCCACUUACUUUUCCAACUUCUCGCCUAUUGUUUACUGUGUGUCCACUAAAUAAUAAACGGUAAAUGUUUGAUAACAUUAGUAGAUUUUGGAACAUAUUAUUUUAUUUUGUUAAGGAAAUAAUCUCACUGGUAGAAAAAGAGGUAACUAGCGUAAGUAUAAAAAUUAAAUGGAAGGUUUGGUCUAUCUGCCAGAGAACGUAUUUUCUAAGUCCCGAGGCGUGUCUGAACACGAAUAGGAUUGGCAGGUUUGAGGAAAUUCAUUACUUUAAAUAGGUAUCAAUCUAAUCAUUACAGAGAGUGCAGCACUGGGAUUAUAGAAGCUUUGUAAAUAUACUGCUCGUAAAGCUUUUUUAAAGGGAGAAGGAGUGGACAUCCAGUGGGUGUUUACUAAAAAAAAUGUCUUGAUAUGGUAUUAUUAUAUGGACGCUUUGCCAAAUUUAAAAACCGUCGCUAAGUAAAAAAACAAUCCGAAUACACCUAUACUAAUGUUAACAUAAUGAUUUUUGGAUUGUUUAUACAAAUAAUUAAAUUCUAAUUAUUAUCUUCUUUCUAUAUAAAUAGCGCAUACGCAUAGAAAUAGAUAGUUUGUUUAUCGUCUAAAAUAUAAUAUAUCCGACGGGGAUUAAAAUAAAAAAAAAAAAAAAAAAAAUCUAAAUUCCAUAUUAUAAAUCUCAUAUAGCCAGCGCUUACAUAAAAAAAACCCUUCUCACUGCAAAGUUUAGAUAAUCUGACCUGAAUUAAAAAUUAUUCGUUUCUUAUUAGAUUUAAAAUAGCUACAUAUUAUAUACAAAAUUCCGGUUAAACAAUAUCGCGUAGCAUGCUUCAGUUUAUUUUUUUAUUUUUUUUUUUUUUUAAAGAAACCGUUUAUAUCCAUUCGUUAUAAUAUUAACCAGACAGACAUUUUUUUUGUACAAUUUAAAGAGCACCUAUGUAUAUACAUAUAUAAAAAAUAAUAAUAAACAAAAAUCCUACACAUAUUUACAUUUUUCGUGCACUUCAUGUUUAUAAAAAUUUCAUAAGAUUCCGCGAACGAGAUAAAAUUAAAAUAUAGUAUAUCCUAUAUUAUGUUCUGUUUGAUAAUACAUGUUAAAAAAAAACUGCAAACAUUCAAAACUGUCUGUUUACUCUGUUUGAUUUGUAAAUUAACAUUCAAGUAUGAUCUAUAGGUCUUAUACUAAUUUUACUAUUAUAAUUAUGUGCGGGUAAAACCGAUUUUUAUUUUUGUGUACCAUCUAUAUAAUAUUAUAACAAUUAAUGUUUUAAAUGUAAUUUUCAUCAAUAUUCUGUAUAGGCUAGGUUGUAAUAUAGUGGUUAGUAACUUUACGAGUGGUUCCUUUGGGACUCCCGGUUUUGCACUCCCUGAAAAAAAGACAACAAAUCACGAUACCUGUCUUUUAUUUUUGGUGAUUUCUGGUUAAAAAAUACGACUAAUAUAAUACACAUACCAGUUAACCGUGCUCCGAUCAGAAUGGUUCUUUUGUGAUUUCAAUUAUUUUACAUUGUAUACGAACUAAAUCAACCGAUAAUAUAUUCCAAACUUCCCCCAACUACAACAGUAUAACCUAGUGUGUAUACCCAUAUGCACAAAGUAUGUCCGACUUUUUGUUAUUAUUGAUUUUAUUUCAUAACGAACCAUAAUGCUAUCGUAUAUAAUAGUAUAAUGAAAAAAAAAAAUAAAUAAAUUCCGUGAAAUCUGGAAAGGUGUACAACAUUCGACGGUGUAUCGCAUUAUAAUGUCCAUCAACGAAUCGAAUCGAAAUAAUAGCAUCUGACCGCGUAACAAUGCAUUAUGCAGGUCUGUAUAAUAUUUUACCCUUCACUAAAUAAUAUGAGUAUUAUAAGAUCUUUUCACAUCUGGCGGGUUUGAGACGCGGUAUCUUAAACCUUAAAUUUGGGAUUUUUAACCGAAAUGUACGAAAAUUAUAUUUGACGCGCUAUGAAAUGUCCUCAUGUAGGGACGGAAUGUGUUUAUCGUCGUUUCCGGUUAAAUAUUUGAUCGAUGAUGUUGUAAGAAUUUAGUUUUUUUUUUCUUUCUUAUGACAUCCCUGAAAAAAUGAACAUUCAAUAAAAGAUUUUUUUUUUUUUUUUUUGCAAAAAUAUACAAAACAAGUGCAGUAUAGCUACAUAACCCCCCCCCCCUCCCUCCCUUACACCACACGCCUAUACAAAUGUAUAAUAAUUAUUAGGUACGGCAAAAAAUUACAUAGUUAAAAUUAUUUAAUACUACUUAUUAUGAUAUUGAUAAAGAAUCGAUUUUAAAGUUUUUUGUUUCUGUUUCUGCUAUAGGUACGAAUAAAUAAAUAAAUAAAAGUGCCGACGGUUAUUUGAAUAAUCUUAGUUGUUUUAUAAACAAAGAUCUAUACAUACGUCAUUAAUAAUUUUAAAAAACAAGCACACUAGAUUGGCUCUUAUUAUUAGUCUAAAUUCGCAGGCGGGGGUGGAUGCGAAAUAAUAAAAUAUUCGAUAGCUGAGGCAUUUUUUUUUUCGACAUUAGGAUUUCAUAAUCAUAAUAUAGAUAAUAGAUAUUUUGUCAUACAUGGAACGUUAUAUGGCAAAAAAAAAAAGGGGCGAUGACCUGUUUGUCCUCCACCGCAGGGACGUGCCAUCUAUAGAUUCGUUCGGUUCAAUUCUAUUGCAUUCCGACUAUUAAUCAAUAGAGAUUUUGAUUUUUGACCGACGCAUUAACCAAUCAGUAUCCAUCAUAUUCCGUUCAGUCAUCGUUUUGCCGUACAAUCCGCUUACUCGUCUAUAUACGGAUUUUGGCGCUCUUCUACAUAGUAAAUUAGAAUACUAGUCCACGAUGAACUGAAUUGUUGUGGAAGAACACGAAAGGUCACAGAAAACUUAACUGAAUAUACACAGUGGGCGCACAUUGGUAGUAGAAAUACAUAAUUAUUUAGCUGAACCGAACCGAACGGACACAGUGUGCUCAAUCCUGUAGAUGUAGGUGAUAUUUAUUUGGAUUAUAGUAAUACAACGUUAAUAAUGCGUUUUUAUUUAACUAUUUUCCUAAUUAGGUAAUUAUUGUCUUUACUUACAUAGGUAUUAACUAAGGAAUGUUAUUCGAACCAUUUGUUUUAUUUAAUGAAAUAAUUUUUGUUUUCGUUUUUUAUAAACUACCAUUGAGUGUACUACAUAUUAUACCUAACCUAAUGUUAUUGCGUUUUAGUCGGUUCAUAGACCAUAAUACUAUAAUAUAAUACACGUAUUCACAUUUAUAUGUAAAUUAAAUGUCUAUGAUUGCUGACCGCGUUAUACGUGUUUUCCUGUCAUUAUAAUAAUAUCACUCGCAACUAACGUUCUCAAUAUAUUAUAACGAGCACCAUCGUAAAACCGAAAAACAAAAAUCCGAAUUAAGUAAUUUUAACCGAUUGGAUAAAGAAAUGAAAACUACUGUUUUCCUUCGUCCUGGCUGUAUAAUAAUAUUAUUAUAAUAAUGCGCGCGUUUAACUGAAUACCUAUAUUACGUUGAUCGACCGUUUCGAAAAUUCAAUAUGUUAUAUUAUAAGCCUGUAUAUAUAGGUAUAAAAAGAACCCAACUCGAUCACGAGAUUCUGAUGUGAAUACAAAUAUUAUACCCGGUCGUCAAAAUGAAUAAAAAAAAUCCAGUCAUCGUGAUUGGUACUUAAAAAAAAAAAAAAAGACCGAAUAUCUUCGCGUCCAAACGACUUUUUGUUUAUUUUACAAAAAUAUUAUAAAUUAAAUUAAAAUAUUCAUUUCGGUAGACUUGCUCGUGUAGAGAACGCGUACGUUAUAUAGUAAUACUAUUAUUAUUAUUAUUAUGGUCCGGGUUGAAAUCCGUUAUAAUUUAUAUGUGUAAUUGGGUGCGUACAUACUAUGAUAUUCGUUCUAUUACAUUAAGACAGUCGGUAAAAAUGAAAGUUACAUAAUAAUUUAAUGAAAUUCCUUUCGAAAUCCUCUCGCGUGUAUGGUAUGCAAUAGGGAAAAAAAAUAAUUUACCAUACAAUCAAAUUUUUUUUUCUUAUUUUUUAAGACCCCGAUUUGUAGGUAUUUUUAUUAUUCUACGUUUGUUACGAUUACAACUUAUGGUUUUAUGAAAUGAAAAAAAAAAAUAAAAAACAAAAAUAUUCAACACGGUAAUCAUUUUAAGGAGCCGGUUUCGGCCGCAUAAGAUAUUAUAAUAUAUAGAUGAUAUGACCCAUCCGUGGUGUACCCCAUAUAUAACCCUUCUGUAACUAUGUACACUCCAUUAAAAAAAAUAAAAAAAAAAUAAAAUAAUGAGCGGUGCCAAUAAAAUGGUAUCGCAUUACCCGCAGGUCUGUGAUAAUAUUAUAAUGAUUGGUCUCGUGUACGCCUGCCUACCGCGCCCCUUCUCGUUUUAUGGAUUGUUGCGGUUAUAUUGUUAUUACCGUGGCUAAAUAAUGUGUAAGUAGACACGUAAACAGAUCGUCUAUCCCGGAAAAAAUUUAAAUCAGUUAUAGGUUGUACCUAUAACUGUACGAUAUUACAAACAUCAUUUUCUUUACCGACCUGUAGGUACCUAUUUCGUAUACAUUCGAUUUUAGAAUAAUACUAAUUGGCGUAAUAAUUUUGGGUUGCAUAUUUAUUACCUAUGUACGCACGUUGUAUUAGAUCGCUAUAGUGAUUUUAAAAUAAUAUAAACAAAUAUUUUACACAAAUUUGUUUUAUUUUCUGCAUACAGUUAGUAACACGGAGCUUAUUUCGGUGUAGCUAUCCAUCGGCAGAAUACAAUAUUAUGUACAAAUGCGUUUUCCAAAAACAUUUUUGAUAACGUAGGUACCUACUUAUUAAAACAGUAGUGACUCGGUAAUUCACAACUGGAGGAGAUGUAAAUAAAUAUCAUGAACAAAUUGUAGGAUUUUACAUCCUGACUAUGAGAAUUAUUAUAAAACUGGAUCCAUAAAAGUCUAUAUUUUUUUUUCAACGAAUCGAGCUUUUCCUAGUUACUUGGCUGAAAUAUAUUAUACAUUUCAAGAUUAAAUUACUAGGUAAAUAAAUAUGCAUAGUUGUUGUUUUUUUAAGCCUAUUGGUGGAGGGGAAUAACAUCCAAUUUUCCCCGUUCUGCGCACGCCACUAUAAUAACUUACAGUACCGAAGCGAUUAUUAUUCGCUUUUAAAUUUGUUAUAUUAUACUUACCAUUUGAAAUCACCUCAUUCCAAUAAUUCAGCAGUCGGCUUUGAUUUAAUGUAGACUUCACGUUUUACUGUGUUUUUAAUGUUGAUAUUAUAGUUGUCGGUUCUAUUUUAGUCUUUACUGUAAUAUAUCUGUAAAAUACAAUAAUUAAUGUACCAAAUAACAAUAUAUUAUUUAAUUUACAAGACGAUAUAUUAUCUAUUAUAAUAUAAUCAUGUCAGCGUGGACCGUUUUUUUGAAAAUAAAUUUGGUUUAAUGGUGAAAAAAAACGAUAAAUAUAAUAGCAACAUCGCUUUAAUCACGUACUUAAUAUAUUUUAACCCAUAGGUGUGAGGAAAUCUUAUUGGUAAAGGGGACAAGAAAUAAGGGAGUUUGCAAUCGGACGUUUACAUUUAAAAAGUUAAAAAUAAAACGCCUAAUAACAUAUUAUAAAACCAUUAUAUAUGCUAAUAUGUAUUGUAUAUUGAUGUAGGUAUGUAUUAUUGAUGACUAUACGAUUUUUAUGGCCAUACAUCAAAGAUAUAAUAUAGUUAACCGAAAUAUAGUUAAACUAAAAUACCCUAAACUGUCCAAUAUUAGCAAUUUAUGUGAAAAAUCUAGACCAUAGAGGAAGGCCGUUUGCUUCAACCUCCCCCAUGUACUCGCUCAUACUUUGAAGUCAAUGUAUAUUGUUUUUAUUUUUCGAUUCACCAUAUUAUAACAUUUGAAAACUAGGAAGUUUUUAAUUUUGUAUUAUAAUUUGAGCUAAAAUAUUAUACACUGAUUUAUUAUCUUCUAAAGUUUGACUACAUUACAAUAUAAUAUCAUAAAUUUAUAACAAAUUUAAAUUUCGCCUAAUCGGCAGUAUAAUUUUAAAAAUGUAAACAAACUUAUCUGUACUUUAUAUUUUUAAAAUCAUAAAUGUUGUUUGCGAUCUCUCGUCGGAUUUCUUAUUAUUUUGAUUUUCGAGUGAGACGAAAAUAUAUUUUUAGCAUAAUAAUUAUGUUUAAUUCACUUAUAUUCAUUGUAAUAAAACUUUACUUUCUAUACGUUUUGUCCAUAGUGUAAAGGGAAAAAUUUAGUAAUGGCGUCCUCCUAACAGGAUAUAUUAAAUUAUCAGACGUAAUAAUUUAUUCGAGAUUAAAAUUUUCUUUUCGAGUUUAGUAAGGUCCCAAUAAUUUAUUACCCAUUAUGUCCAUAUUUUUUUUUCUUCCUAUCGAUUCUCAUCAUCCUCAUAACAAAACUCCACAUAUUAUAAAAAAAAAAAAAAACGCAAUACUACGCAUUAGGAUUUAUAGGUUACAUAAUAUAUAACACCUGUAAGAAUUAUAAAUAAUACAUGUGUUUGUGACAUUAAUUGUAAUAUGAGUGGUUCUUCGUGGGUGGUUUGAACCCACGAAUAUGUAUAUUACUGGGUAUAAUAAUAUAUAACGCGAAGGGAUGAAUCGUGUUGAAUGAUAUUCAUUUUACACGAAUUUUUUACUUUACUGAAACGAUGUUAAUAUUAUCCACGGGUGGCUUAAAAUAUAUCAAGCAUUACGGUAGUCAGUUCGUAUAAAAUCAAGGUGGUUAAGUUUAUUUUUUUUAUUUUUUUAAACCCUGAUCGAUCUUUUUGAACCGCGUAAUAAAACCACGGAAAUCUUUUGGUAUGUGUAGUUUUGCUAUUUACAAUAAUAUUUAUAGGGGUGAGAGUGCUAUACGAACAAUUUCAUUACUUUCCUUAUGUUUUAGUUAACAAUCUUUAAAAAUGUAUUGUUUGUACUGUCUACAGUUAAGCUAAAAACAUUGUAAAUACUCGUUAACAACAUUUAGUUUGUAUACAUUUUCAUUUUUUCAACAAUAUAGUAGUACAAUUUUCAUGAAAAACAAUACCUGUCUAAAUAAAUAGUAGAUAUACGCUGCUAUCAUACUAAUAGUAUUAGGUAUUAGACUUGUAUCUAUACUUACAAUUUACCUGAAAAUAUCCUAAGAUAUUUUAGUUUAUAUAAGUUACAAUAAUAUUUGUUAUAUGAACAGUGAAAUAUUUUUGUUUCCAUAUUAUUGGUCAUCAUUAAUAUUUUGUUUGCCUAAAGCUCUAGUUUCAAAACUAUUACGUAUUUAAAAAUACAAAUCUAAAAAUAUAAUAACAAUAAUAUAAUAGGUAUAUUGUACAUAAAUUAAAAUAUAAGAUAAAUUGUUAAGAAUAAUAUUUUUCAAAGAAGUUAUUUUCUAAAGUGUCUAAUAUUCGAAAAAUAACAUAAUACCUAUUCUAAUAAAGACUUAUCCCAAAAAUUUUGCUGUCACGUCAUGUCGAAAUGCACUCACGGAAAUGAUAAAACUUGAGAUAUUAUUAUACAUACGAUGAACUUUGAUUCUAAAUUUAAAAUAAGAUUGUAAGAAAAAUGGGGUUGACGAGUUAGUCGUAAAAACAGAGACGUUUUUUUUUCUUGAUGCUGACAGCCAAGAAAAAUAAAUUCCGACCGGAUGAAAAAGGGGAAGGCGUUAAACGACAUAUUGUAGAAAUUACUAACCCAUUGUAUAUUAAAAAUAGUAAUUAAAAAUUCCAGUUUAACUGCAGGACAAUGUACCUACCAUCUCUCGUAGUGCUGUCUAACUUUAUACUAAUAAAAUAUGUAGAAAACGUGAUCUUUAAGACUUUCCGGUAUUAGUUCUACGAGCAAAGCAAUCAGUUACGGUGAGGCGUUUAAAAGACAUUAUUAUUAUAACAUAUUCCGUAUAUUAUUAUAAUGUUAUUCUUCCGGAUCGCGUUUAUUUACAAUUCAAGAAUACUUUUAGAAUACUAUUAUUAAUAUAAAAACAAAAAUAACUUUAGAGGUUAAUGCACGAAAGUCAAAAAUAAUAUUUAUUAUUUUUAUUUAUUUAUUUAGAUAUAAUAGAAUUAACCUUUAAAACUAUGUUUGUUUUUAUAUUAAUACUAUAAAUAUCAUAAAUAUUAAAUCUAAAUACAUUAAAAGUAUAUAACUAUAUAAAAAAAUAAACAUGAAGGGAAAACUUAACCUCGAACAUUCUCAUAGGUUGUGUGUAUUUACGACCGAAUUAGAUUUAAAAAAUCAUCAGGCAUAGUCAGUAUAAAUUAACAAAACACGACUAAAUAUAAAAUCAAAAUAAGAACAACCCAAUAGGUACUCCAGGCACUAUUAUUGUAUAGGUUAAGAUAUUUAGUGAACGUUUAGAUAUGUUAUAGUUUUAAUUAACGGUGUUCAUAUAUUUGAGAAAACGUUCAAAUUUUUAUUUUCACAUUAAAUAAAUGCAUCAAAGUUCGGGACUUUAAUUUAAAUUCAACAAAAACGCAUUUUAAAACUUCACUAUAAGCCCAAAAAAAAACACUUAUUUACAUAUUAAAUAUCUAUUUAGAAAGAAAAAACUAGUAAAAAUAAUUUGUUUUCAACUAUAUUGAAAUAGACGAAAAAAAUGACUGAUAUACUUAGCACGAUGGCCACUGUUGUAGGUGAGAAAUUGGGAAGAACCCAGUAGGAUAUAUAGGGGAAUUGAAUGUAUAUCUGUAGGCAAUAAUUAAUUAUUGCUAACAAAAAAUGAUUCUGAGCGGAGUUCGGUUAUACCUUAUACAUGCUUUAAAAGGCUGCAAUAUUUACGAUUUUAAAAGUUCAUCCCGAGUUUACGAGUUUAUCCCGGGUGCCAUAAUUUUUAAAUCCGACACUUGUUGACCUAUGCAACAAGUAGCCAGUAGGUAAGAUAAAAAAAAUAAACAAAUACAAUUUUGUUAGGAAAAAAAGUGAAAUUAUUUAAAAAUCAAAUGGAAAAAUCAAGGUUUUUGUCAGUAGCUUACGUAGAUAAUCACAAAGUUGAAAAUAUGAAAAGAAAUAAGUAGUAAAAAUGAUUGCGUUUUUUUUAUCUAUCGAAAUCAAUAAAAAAAAUCAUUUUCAAAUAUCAUAUAUGAACUUGUUAUAAUAUUACAUAGAGUAGCACUCUACUAGAUUUAAUGUCAAGCAAAGAAAAUAAUUAAAUGCUGUAAGUGCUGAAUCAUGUUUAUAACAAUAUAAUAUUUAACGCAAACUACAUAAAUAUAAUAGUAUUUCUGCGUAGGUACUUAUCAUUUCAAAUAGUUUUGAUUGUCAUACUGUAUUCUGCAACACUCACAUCGUUUACUAAUAAAUAGGUACUCGUAUAAUACCAAAUUAAUUAUUUGUUAUUAAAUCAAUUUAGAUAUUAUCGACCGGAUUUAUAAUAAUAAUGAUAAAUUGUUAAUUUUGAAUACUUAAAUGAAAUACAGUCUGAUAAAAUGUCAUACAUAUAAAAACAAAGUAAUAAAAAAAAAAAAUUUAUAUAAUGAAUGUAAAGACAAUAUUUUGUUCGUCUUUAAUAAUAUUAAUAUUGUCGUGUAGUUAAAAUAAUAUACCUAAGUUACGUUACUUAUACGUUAUAAUACUACUAAACAUUUGAAAAAAUAAACAAUUAUUUUAACGUUAGUCUUAAAUCAACUGCAUUUAAUGGGCCAUAAACGCAUUUCAUUAAUAUAUGUUUCAGAUAAAAUUAUAUAUACGGUCAAUAAAAACUGCAGUAAAUUAGACACGUUAUUUUAUUUACGUUAAAUUUAAUGGUGGUGGAAGGGACAGGGGUUGUAUUUAAUUUUACUUUCUUGUUAAAAAUAAUCGUGAAUUGAUGUUUAAAAAACCAAUAAUAAUAAUAAAAAACAUUUAAAAACGUAUAUUUUGUGUUCGUAAUAACUAACAUUACAGUUUACAUCAGAUACAGUCAUACACACGGGCACCUGUACAUUUAAAGCCUACUAUUAUUGUAAAAUAUUAUGUAGGUUCUACCUAUACCUUUUAUUUUAAGGUAAUAAUUUAAACGACUCGGGAUAGAAGAUAAUACAUUAUAUUACAAUAUCGGUACUUUGUUUACAAUAUAUAUUAUCUAUUUAUAAUCAGUAAUAUUAUACAAGUAUUAUAAGUGUAUAAUUGAGAUUAUUCGGUGAAAUAUUAUAAUUUGACUAGAAAAACUCGUUUAUAAUAAUAUUGUAUAUAGGUGGGUAAUUUUAAAUAUGUACCUGUAUAGGAUUGUAAUAAAAAUAUAUAGUACAAAUUUAUAAUAUGAUUGUUAAGUGCGUGAAACUUAAAAUAUGUAUACCUAAAAAUAUUUUUAAUUUAUUCGAAAGGCAGGCACAGCUAUAACUAAAUGUUUGUUUACUAUCGUAAUAAUUAUAUGUAGUGUAGGUUAGUAUAAUGAUACCUAUAUUAUAUAUAAGCGCAAUCUAAUGGUAGAGGUGGUAAUCUUUUAUAAUAAUAGGUUUUAUUUUCUUAAUAGAUUUUCGUUUAUUGGCUGUAUAUUUCGUUGAAUUCGAAUUUAUAAACUAUUAAAUCUUAAUAUCCAUAUAAAUGUCUGAAUCUCAAAUCAAACGCUAUAUAUUAAAAAUAUACAUACCUACUUUUGGUACUGGGUGAAAAGUAAAUAACAUUCUUUCAAUAUAAAUCUAGUAAUUUCUCCAUAGUAUAUAAACGUGAUAAUACCUCGUAUUAUACAUGCAGGAACCCACAGAGUCGAAUUAAGUCCGAACAAUUUAUAAGUAAAUGAUUUUGAAUAGUUCUUAGCUAUCUGUAAUAGAUCCUCUGGGAUAAACGUUGAAGCUUUUUUUUUUUUUUAAAAACGUUUAAUCUUUUAUCUACAUAAUAAUCCAAUAAAUAUACAAUCUUGAGUAGUUAGUACCUAUACGUUAUUAGCACCUCUACUAUAGACACAGCACAUACUUCCUAUCUCGUUUAUAUUUUAAUCCUGAGAUGCCCAGAAAAAGUUAAAAAUAGUUUAAACCUAAAUAAUACUCAAUUUUUCCAUUGACAUUAUACCUAUGUAUAACCAACAAAAUUGAUUUUUAUUAAAAAAAACUAGUUUUUAUAAACGUAAUCACAAUAAAUACUGAUUAAAACACAUUUUUCAUAUCGUUAUACACGUACCAAUGAAUUCGAAUAGUGAACUAAGCGUGCAUCGAGUCACACGUAAGGUAUAACACCUACCUACCAACUAACUGUUUAAUACCACUGUAAAAUCAUAUUUAUAUUAUAUGGUAUUGUUAUUUUACACUUUAAUACCGGAUCUGUAAAUAUUAUAUAAUAAAUAAAAUACAUAUUUGUCGGUAUAUUUUAUAAACAAUAAAUUAAAAAGGCAGUGACGUACCCAGGAAUUUUCAAUGGUAGGGCAUAGGUAGUUAACAUUAAAAUCAUGGGUAAAUCGUAUUAUCUUCUUCUAUAGGUACCUAACACAAAAAUGGGAAUUUAAAUAACGGAUCCAAAAAAGCCAACUACUAUUCAAUAAAUCGUGCUUUUCUAUGUAACAAGACUGCAAUAUAUAAUAUUUCAUGGUUUAAUUACCAAAUAAAUACUUCUAUAGUUGUUGUAUUUUUAAACAAAUGGGGGAAUAUAACUCCUAACCAUCUCUUCCCCGCGCACGAUACUGAUGAAAGGUAACUAAUAAUGUUUUGAAAGUAAUACUACGUGUAUCAUUUUAAAAUUUAUAUGUAGGAAAAAUUUAGACAGGUACUAUUAAUUAUACAGUGACACUACUCCAAAACUCAUUGGCGAAUGAUACGUUUUGUAAUAAUAACUAUAAUCGGUAAAACCGUUUUUACAAAUCUGUUAUAUAGAUACUACACGGGUUUGUUAGUAAACACUAGUUUUACAAUAAAGAACAAAAAUAAUAAUAAUAAUGCCGAAGAGGUGUGUAAGUAGAAAUUAAAUAAUUUGGAUUUUUACUGUAGGUAUUUAUUAGUCAACUAAUACUUACUUAAUAGGUGUGACCAGUAAAAACGCUGAGGAUUCACGAACACCCUUUGGCACAACUAGUUUUUACUAUCAACAAUUUCUAGUCUUUACCAUAUCGGGUAAACAGAUACGUACCUCGAAAGCAUAAGUAGGUAUAUUACUUGUACACGUAUUUUAUAUUCGUAAUUCGUACAACGCGCUUAACGGCGAUGUAAAAAAUUAUUAAUAAUAAUUUUGUAAGCAAAUUCAAACGUCAUAUACAUUAUAUUUGUAGGCACCUACGUUAUUUCGGUAAAAUCGAUGUUUUAUGUCUAAAUUUGGAAUAAUGAAUAUAUAUUACUGAUUAAUUGUGUAUAUAUAUGUAAUAGUAUACAUCUGGUAGUUUGAGAGGAAAAGGGGGAAGUGGGGAAAAGUUCAUUUUUGAAAAUUGUUCAGUAAAGCAAAACUAUUUUACGGCCACAUAGACUACACACAUUUUUAACCAGUACAUCCAAUCUUUUACGUUCAAUACUAUCCGAAUUUUUUCAACAAAUGAAUCUCAAAUUCUCAACAUUCGAUAACAAUCUCAUAGUACCAUCAUUUUUCUCAAGUGAAAAAAACGGACAACUAUCCGCAUUCCUCUAUUCCUUUUAAGUACAUAAUCAUAAUCGUUUUAAUACCUUAUUAUGGUUAUCUUGAAAUUAUGAAUUGAGUCAAAACUUAUUGAACCCCAACGGCAAGUUGUGGUCACAAAGACUUAAAUUUAAAAGUGAUAAAAUGAAAAUGGCUUAGAUUUUACUUAUUGUAACUGUUUAAUAUUUAUAUCAUUCUAUUACCAUAAUACAUUUAUUUUCCAUAGAAGACGAAUAACAAAUAUAUUUGAAGCGGGAAUUUAUAAAUAUUUUUCAACAUUGAUUUACAUAUGUUGAAAACUAGGCAAAAUUUAUUUAAGCUCUUUUUCCCGAACUAUUAUAACAUUUUAUAAUUAACGACCGGAUUUAAUUGAUACUAUAACUUUUUUUGUAGACCAAUUAAAUUAAACAUAAAGCCGAAUUAUACAACACUAACUGUCCCACCCGGCAUCGUCCGGACCAAAAGAAAUGAUACUUUUGUUAUUUUGUUUUUUAUAAUUUAUUUUUUUAAUUUCAUUUGUAUCACCAAGAUAACCAAAAAAUAAUUAGAUGUUCGUGCAAAAAUACCAAUAACUCGGUGUCAGCCUCACCGUAGAGGUUGAAUUCGGAGGUGAGAGAAGCUUAUAAGUUAUGUCUGAUCUAAAACGUCUAUGUCAAGUCUCGGUUUAAUCCAAACAAAUUUUCACAUUCACAAUACUAAUUGGCCCAUUUAAUUUUACAAUUUUUUGUGUGUUUAAUUUGUUUAAAUGAACAAUAUAUUUUAUUCAGUUAAUUCUGUUUAAUGGUAACGCUAUUAUGGACUUAUUGAGUUCGAUACGAGCAGAUAAUCUGCAACGGUUGAACCGUUAUUAAAAACUGUAUUAUCAACCGUUAUUUGUGUUAUAUUGCCAUUAUUAUAUUAUUGUAGACCUAUGUUGAUUAUCAGAUCUAUAAGAAAUCUUUAAUUUAUCAAUAUUUGUGUUUCUGCACAGCUCACGUGUCCACUGUAUUUAACGUUUAAAUACGUGAAAAUCGUUCUAAAAGUAUAAUCGAGUUCAAAAAGUAAAAUGUCCAAUUGAAUUGUUCCGUAAAACGUUAUAAUUUAUUAUAUUUCCAGUAUUGCGGUCUAUUGAAAAACAAAAAAAAUCACAAGACCGCGGAACGAAACGCUAAAUCGUUUACCUCUUUACUUUAAACAUAUUGUUUUCGAUCCGGACACGAACAUAAUAAUGUACACUUAUACCUCUGCACCUGUAUGGUAUAGAAUCGAAAGUUGCGUGCGCGUACGUCUUAAUAUAUUUGAUUUGUAAACUGACAGACUUGUAUACAUAAUAAUAUUAUAACGCAACUGGCAGAUAUAUGAUUAUAGAGUACAGACACCGGGGCAAUGGUGGUAGUGGUGUUUUUUUGACGAUGAUGGCGACCAUCGUGGUAGCGCAGUGGUAACCGCGGGACGAUUAAUAAUAAUAAUAAUACAUACGUGAAGAGCUCGGGCGGAAAUAUUAUUGUUUGAGUUAUUAUUACACCCGAAGUCGCGUUCAAGUCUCUUGCGCGCGGGUGGUCUCCUCAUCGCUCGCCACCGCCUCCGCCGCCGUCGUCGCCGCCACCGUCGCGUCGUGCACGCUACAAACCGACCGCUUGCACCGCCGCCGUCGUCUUGUCUAACGCACGUGUACUGCAGCAGCAGCUAUACGGUCACUUAAAGCUCUCCUAUCGCGAUGACUUUCACAAUAUUGUAUUCGUCAAACGCUGGCGGUUGUUUGUUAUCGUCGGCGCUCAUCGAGAAAAAACAAAAUGGGGGGGGGGAGAGGGAGGAAGGAAAUAAAUAUACAUUACGAAUAAUGUAUUGUUCCGUCUCGCAUAAUAUUACUGUGCCCGUGAUCCAGUCCGUCUAUCAUAAUAUAUACGAGUAUACUUAUAAUAAUACACUAAUGUUAUAAUAAUAUUUUAAUAUCAUCGCGUCGUUGUCCGCAGGCCGUUUCGAAACACGAGUUGCACGUGGUUAUUCGCGUAUAAUAUCGUUAUUUAUUAUAUGGUACGUGAAAAAAAAAAAAAAAUGAAAAAACAUCGCUACCUCCUAUUAUACCUAAAUAAUAAUACAUAUAAAUGUACAUAUUUUUAAGGUGAGAUAAAUGGAAUCAGCGGGUCGUCGUCGUAUCAUAUCUCGUUAAAACGAAAUAAAAUUCAUAUUCGACACGAGUGUUUUUUUUUUUUUUUUUACGUUACGACGGAAUUAUACCCUUCUAAUGCAAUCUCUCGAUCUUUCCUAUAUACAAUACCUAUUGUAACGCGCACGCGUUAUGAUAAAACGGUAAAAAUAAAAUAAAAUCCGAGCCGUCCGAAUUUGUAAAAUAUGACGCUUUAAACAAGUCGCGUCGGGAAUAUAAAUAUAAUGUAACGCGAAUGGACGAUGAUUAUAAAUCGACCGCGAUCGGGAUGUGUAUAUACGUAUGUUAUGUUUUGUCCCGAUGAGGCUUAUAGAUACAGAAAUGGGAUUUAAGAGAGGAGUCACGCGGUCUCCCGCCGAUAAUCGAAAACGUAAACACUACGAUGUUAUUGUAGGGUUACAUACCCGCGGUUCAUAUAAUAAUAAUAAUAAUCAUAAUAAAUAAUUUGUUUUACCCGAAAGUCUCAAAAGGAUAAGGGUAUGACGCGUUCGUCGUAAAAAUCGCCUGUCAUGUCGGGGCCGCGGCGAACGUGUCCGUCAUCUCGCGUGUUGUUUUAUUAUUUGUGAUCGGUACGAAAAUUAAAAAUAUUACGUAAAAUAACACACCUCUCCACCAUCUCACUACCGCCGGUACCCCUGACAUAAACAUCUUACGGUGUGGAGGAUAUGCUUUACACUAUACAUACAUAUAUAUAUUUCAGAUGAUCUCAAAUCACGUCAUUUUAUAUUGUUAUCGUUUAGGCCGAUUGUUGUUCGCGUUUUUUUUCUCUUUUGUUCAGUCAGCCAAAAUGUUCAACAACAAUAAAAUAUUCACAAUUUGAAAAAAAAAAAUCUAUUAUACUCGUAACAUAAUAUAAUAGGUACCAUUAAGGAGGGAGGUAGGCAUAGAUUUGUAUUUUAUUUAUUUAAACUUAACCCCCUAAAUGAGUAAUCAGUACAGAUAAAAUUAUACACCCAAUAAAUACCUAAAACUUUAAACUAUUACUAUACAAAAAUACGUUUUGUAAUAAUUAAUACAAAAUUUUUGAUUUUGAGCGGAGCGAGGAAUGUAUUCGUUUUACAAUGAUGUUUAUUAUUAUUAUUAUUAUUUUUUUUUUUUGUAUGCGAACAACUUUUCUACCAGAAAUAUUCCUCAGAUUUUCAAACGUAGCACUUUUUUUGGAAAGAAAUCUGACUGGAGUGGUACUUUAAGGAGAUUAUUUUUUGAACCUAUCCCAGAAGUUUUCAUAAUAAAUGGAAAAAACGUAGGAAAAACGGGAAAAUUUAAGAAAUGUAAUGUUUAAAAAUCGUAAAUAUUAUGGCUUUUCAACAUAUUUGUAAUCGAACUCCGUUCAAAAACGUUUUUCGUUAGAAAUGUUUCGUUUAGGGAUUUGUAGGGGCAUGCGAAGCUUAAAAAACACUCUCUUCUAGCGACCCGUUGAAUUCAAAUUGGAGUUCAACUUAAACGUUAUCACAUCAAUCUUCAGUCCACCAAUAAAAUAACUCUAAUUAGUUUGAGUUAUUUUCGACUACAGGGAGUCGCUAUAAAUGUCCCAAAGUAGUGGGCAUAACAGGCACAAUACAGUUCAAUAGUUUCUAUUUUCGAAGAAAAUUCGACAGAAAAAGGAAAAAUCAUUUUGGUAAUAAAGAGAAUCCGGAUGUCAAGUUUGACGUCACUAGUUAUGAAAAUGACGUUAAAUCCGUAUUCUCUGUCUCAAUACUCUCAGUCGAACUAACAGCAAUAUUGCGGAACUAUUUUCAAGAGCUGCACUUCCUAUAAACGUACGUUGAAGUUUUUAAAAAACAAUAUUGUCAAACAAAAAAAGACGGACAUAUUUCGCACGUGAAUACAGCCACUAUUGUAGGUGGGAAGUUGGGAAGGUAGGAUACAGAAGGGAAUUUAAUAUAUAUUUGUAAGCAACGAUAAACCAUUGCUAACGAAAAAACGAUUCUGAGCAGAGUUCAGUGAUAGUGAUGUUUUUUUACGAAUAUACGAGUAUAUGUCUUUUAUUAUGGUAAAAUAAAUAGACAUCAUACAUUUUCUUUGAUAAUAUUUGUUUAAUAUUGUACCGAUAUUCUCGAUUUUUUACAUUUGCUGGGAAAACACUUGGAAAAAUCGAAAAAUGAUCUCCUUAAGGUACUACACCAAGAAAAUUUAUUUUCAGAAAAGGGUCUACAUCGUAUACAUCGGAGUAAGCUUUUUGGUAAAAAAAGUGUUCACAUAAAAUAAAAAAAAAAUAAAAAUAAACGCCUUUGUCCAAAAUCCAAAACAUUCUUCGCUGCACUCAGGACCUCAAAAUGUCACGGCUAUUUUAAAAGCAAAAACUUACGCAACUGAUAAGUUAACGAGAUAUAUAAAUUAAAAAAUAUACAUGCCAAUUGAAAUAUAUAUAUAUAUAUAUAUAUAUAUAUGUAUAUAGUAAAUCGUAGUUAUAUUUAAUGUCGUCGUAAAAUAUCUGUUAUAUUCCAGGCCUAAAUAAUUUAAUACAGGUAGUAUUUUGUUUUUAUAUAACAAUUAUUCGUUAAUCCCUCCGAUACCAAUUUGUCAAAAAAAAAAAAAAAAAAAAAGGGGGAUAAUGUAAUAAUUAUUACAAUACGUAUAAUACCCAUCAUUGUUCCGCUUGCGGCUUCCCCCGCAGACCGGUCGAUGUUGUCGGUUACUUUUGAAGCCUACCGCCAUUCACAAUAUACUAUAUAAUCGGUCGGUAAAGAAUGCACGUCCCUUGAUAAUAAUAUUAUAUUAUAUUCGAUUAAAUCGUACAAACUCUUCCCCGACUAUUUAAAUUUUUUUUUUUUUUUUUUGUUUUCAGUCGGUUUUUUUUCGAUUUAAACUUGUUCCGUUUGAAUGAAGAUUUAUUGAUCUGUUUUACUGCCAACGCGCGUAUACGUAUAGCAUGUUCGUAUUUAACAAUUUAACGCACGUUUACCUGUAUUAUUUCGGUAUUUUACACCUCCUAUGAGAGUUCUUGAUAUGGGAAAAAUAAAAUUAUCGUACUUUUGACAUUAAAACAAAAAAAUGAACUGUCUAACACGGUGUACCGUGUACCUAUAGUUAAAAAAAAAAAAUAUAUAUAUAUAUUCUAAUCUAAUCUAAUAUAAUAAAUUAUCACAUUUAACCGACGCGCGACGUAGAGAUUUGUAUAUGCCACGUGUUGGAUACUUCGUAUAUAAAUACGAGACGGUUUUUUAACAUAUUUUACUUUUAUCAGUAAUAAUUCAAUGGUGGAAAACAUUUUUAAUUUUUUUGUUUCCGUUUUUGUUCGUCGAUAUAAAAAUGAUCGUUUUCGUUUAACGUUCUUAAAAACGUUAUUUUUGUUUAUAGUUUUCGCAUAACCGUUCUAUGAAUAACGUUUUUAAUUUUUUUACUCUUAGUAGGUAUUCUUACAAUAGAAAACUCUCAUUUAAAAAUAAGGCUUAAGUAAAUAAUCAUACAUUGUACCUAGUAGAUAGGAGUAUACUCAGGCAAUAUUUUAUAAAGAUAAAUGCAAAUAGGAAUAUUUUUAAAAUCAUUAAUAUUUAAAAUCAUAGGUACCUGUUUAAAAUUUAAAUUAAAGUAAAAAUUAAAUUAUUUACAAAUUUUAAUUGGUCGUUGGAUUGUUAGCGCAGAGGAACACAGACUAUCUUUAAACACGAUUUUAAAUUAAACGCUUAAAUUAAACAAUUUCAUUAAAAAUAACAAAUUAGCAAACUAAUAAUCAUUAAUAAAAUCAUAAAUUAAUAUAUUCAGCAGAUGAACAUACUUCAUAUGAUGGGUGGACUACUGUUGUAGGUAAGAAGUUAGAAAGGUAGAAUAGAGAGGGCAAUAACUGUAUGUGUACACAACGAUUAAUUAUUGAAAAACAAAAAAACCAUUCUGAGCGGAGUUCGGUUAUACAUGCUUAAAAAUGCCGUAAUAUUUAAGAUUUCGUCAAAAUUUGAUAUUAAAAUAAUAAUAAAAAAAAAAAAUACUAUAUUUAACUCGAUUUUUUCUAGUUAACCGCGAAGUACAACUUUUAAUGAACUUCCUGUUAAAUUUUCAAGCGUUUCUGUUUGGUCUAACAAUUUUAUUCACAGAGUACCAACCAAAUAUAAAUUACGUAAAAAACUCGCAAAAUUAAAUGUCUAUAAAUAGCUUAAAAAUGACACAAAUGUUUUUUUCAAAUUUCACUAAUUUCACCAGAAAAAUUUAAAAUAAUAAAAUUUAAAUUUUCGUAAAUUUUCUCAUUCUUUCUAUGUUCUUUUCUGUUUUGCUCAAUUAUUAAAAUAAUUAUACGGAAAAUUAAAAAACAAUAUUCUUAUUUAUCAACUACAUUAAAAAUUUAACAACAAUAAUUUCAAAGAAUGUUUCUCAUCAUUUUUUAUUGAAGCAAGAUUUCUAGUAUAAAACAUAAAAUAAAAAAUUUUAAAUCAUGAAAUCAUUACUCCGUAAAUAUUUGUCUGUUUAUCCUUACGUUUUUCUUACAUUUUUUCCAAAUUAUUAUGAAAAACGAAAUAUAACCUCCCUAAAGUACUAACUAGAGAAAAUUUUUUUUCAAAAAAAAUACUAAAUUUGAUAUAUUAGAGUAAGAUUUUUGGUAGAUAUUUUGUACACAAUAUAAAAAAAAAAAAUAACCAUCAUUGUAAAACUAAUAGAAUAUGUUGGGUUUAAUUGAUUCGCUUUACUUAAAAUCUAAAAUGUUUCUUUUUUUGGUACCAGAAGAAAAAAUAUCAAAUUAAAUAUAGUUAAGAAUCAAUCAAUGUAAUGUACUAAUAUCUACAUAAUAUUUAAUUAACAAAAAGUAAAAGUAAAAGUUUUAUUAAGACAAAAAGUUUUUUUUAUUCAUUCGAUCAUACAAGCUUUUCAUACUUUCAAACUUUCAUACUUUUUAGAGCUACAUAUGCUCUGCUCCAGUUAUGACUACAAUUCACCAAUAAAUAAUAAAAUACCUAAUUUCCCGACCACAUUCUUAUUAAUUAUCAACAAUUAAAGUACAUUUGAUUUGUAUUUCAUAUUCAUAUGUAUAUAAUAAUUAUUGUCUAUGGUGGGAACAUAAUAAAAAUAACAUUUACAAUACAACCGUAAAGUGUUAUAAAUUGUAUUAUUAUACAUUUUUUAUUUAUGUUUUUUUUUUUUUAUAAAAUACAUAAUAUUUAAAUAUGUUUAUUAUGAGUACUCUCGAUCUAUGAAUAACAGUUUAGAACGAUAAAACGUGUGUUCGCCCAUACUAAUAAUAAUGUACAUACCUACCAAGUUGUACAUCUGUUUUUAAUUGUACAAAAGGGUCACGUUAUGCUUUUUCAUCUUAUUUAAAUCCGGAUACUCCAUACCGCGCGCGGUGUACCGUAUUUAUAGAUAAGUCGAGAAAGUACUUUUUUAUGCCUUACAAAAAAAAAAAUAUAUAUAUUCUUUUUAAUAGUUUCAAAGCUAACAUAACCGUGUAUUUCAUGUUGUAUAUUAAAAAACUAUAAUUCAUAAUGUCAGAAAUCAUGCAAAAAGUUUUCAGUUAUAGAAUCUUCCGGUAAUAUUGCAUUUAAUGUUUUGGUAUAACUGUUACACGUCUUUAAAUAAUAUUAUGCUGAUUCACCUUCCAUGUAAGCUUUAAAAAUAAUUACUAAUCGAAAAUAAGAUUCAAAAGAUUCAUAAGAUAAAAGUACGAAAUAAUAUAUAAAUGACAAAUUAAUAUAAUAAACGAAGGAAAACGCUUUUUCUUACACAUUCUUUAAUAAAUAUAAAUAAUAAAAUAAUAAAUUAAAAACAAAAUUAUUAAAAUGGUUAAUACACGUAAAUAAAUAUAUAAAUAAAAUUAAUUAAUUAAUGAAUGCGUCGCCUGUAGUAUUAUGAUAUUAAUUCAAAACCAGCCGUAUAAUACACGUAUCAUAAUACUCCAGGCGACGCAUUCAUUAAUUAAUUAAUUUUAUCUUUAUACAUACAUUUUUUUUUUAUAUAUUUAUUUACUUUAAUGAAUAUAAAUAACAUAUAUUUAGAUCAUUUUAAAUGUUAAUUAUACUGAUAAAUUCUUGAUAACUUUAACCUUUAAUAAAACAAAUCUUUAAAAUAUUAUUAUGCCUUAUUGAAACACUUAUCUUGUAUCUUUUUGUAUCUUUUAGCGUAAAACGAUAGUUAACAUCGAAAUAAAAAUUAUCUUGAUACACUAUGCAAGAUGGAUUACAUAAACUAAAAAAUAAACAAGAUACAAUUAUACCUUUGAUACAUGUAUCUGUGAUACUGCUCAACCCUGUUAGUAUUCUAUAUCGGUUUAGAAUAAUUUUGUUAAUUUAGCUAGUGGAUGAAGUAAUGACAUAGGUAAUGGUUAUUUUUUUUAAAUUUGGAGCGUUGUGAGAGAUUUAUUGGUUUUACUGUGAUGUACUUUUUAAUUUUUCUGUCUGUGAACAAUUUUUCUACCAGAAAUCUUGCUCCGAAGUAUUAAAGUAGAGCACCUUUUCUGAAAGGAGAAUUGCUCUAAUUGGUGUAUAGGGAAUUCAUUUUUUUUUUGAUUUUCUAAGGGGUUUUCAAAAUAAUUGGGGAACACCGGAAAGCAAAUUUUAGGUAAAACAACAAAUAUUUACGGCGCGUCGUGGCGUUACCGUUUCCAUGGUUUUUAAUUUUUGCAAACCAUGUUUUCUACCGGAAUUAUUGAUUUAAUAAAAAUAAUACUAAGAGACCGAUUUUGUUAAUAUAUAAUCACUAUCGAAGAAUGUCGUUUUUUGAUAUCCAAAGUAGUGUUCAUAAAAAUUGGGUAAAACCAAAAUAAAAAAAAUAAAUACAAUUUUUAAAAUUACAAAACAAAGAUUUCAUUAUUUAAAAUUGUUAACAUUAUAUUUUUCUACCAAAAAUCUUCGUCCAAAUUUUAAGAAUAGAAUAUUUUUGAAAGAAAAUGUUGUCUUGUUUGUAAUUAGAAAAGUCAUUGUUUGAUUUUCUGUAUAGUUUUUUUAUUAAUUACGAAUAAUCUGGAAUAAACAUAGAAAAUACGCAAAUUUUUUUGUUUUUGUAUUAUUUUGUUUUAAUUCACUUAAAAAUUACUCUUGAGAAUUGUAGUUUUCACAAAAUACUUAUACCUUUUAGCCUUUUGUCGUGGUAAAAUGUUCAAAAAAUUAUAUUUAUUUUUAGACUAUUUAUAGGUAUUUAAUAUUUUCAUGUUUUUUUUAAGUGUUUUUAUUUGAUAGGUAUCUAUUAUUAAAAUUUUCUAACUCAUGAGGAAUGCUUAAAAAUUAAACACAAGGUAUAUUUUAAGUUAUAAUUAAUGGUCUAAAAACCCAUUUGAGAUUAAUGUGUUAGAUUUUCUUUUUACAAACGUUUUAAGAUCAAAUUUUGUCGAAAAUCGUAAAAAUUACGGCAUUUCAAUAUAUAAUGUCUGAUACCGAACUUCGCUCCAAACCGUUUUUUGUUACAAUGGCUUAUCGUUACAUACAGAUAUAAAUUAAAUAACUUUGCGUAUGUUACCUUCUUAACUUCCCAAUUACAACAGUUGCUGCACUCAUCCCCAGUAUCAGCUUUUUUUUUUCCGUUUUAGUUUUAUUACGAAACUUAAAUCAAAAUCAAUUUAAAAAUAUCGUUAAAAAAAACAUUUUAUAAUAUGCUAUUGGUAACGACGGUGUAAACAAUUUAAUAAUGAAUAAGCGUCCAUUUAUUACGGUAGGUAUUAAAAAAUAAUUCAUGAUUAUAAUUUAGUAACGGAACAUAAAUUAUAGGGGGGAAAUCUCAGCUUAUUGAUUAUUAUUAAUUUUUAUUGUUGACGACAGUGAAUUCUACAUAUUUUUAUGUUAUUGUCACUGUGUUUACAAUAUUAAUCUCUUUUGAACAAAACUAACCGGCACGCCUUCGUCAUCACGGUUUAGGUGUAGGUAUAUUAUAAUAUACAGUUUAUAAGGUGCAUAUUAUUACCUGUAUAAAUAAUUAUGCACUAAAUCACUUAAACAUCCCCGGUGCCACAACUGAAUCUACAACCAAUCAACCUAUCGUUACAUCACAUUUACCUAUGUGUCUAGAUAAUAUAUAUUAUUACUCUCCAUUAUUUAGUUAUAUGAAAUUAUCGUCUCCGUCAUCAUAAUAAUAUUAUCCUAAAGCGUCUUGCAAUUCUAAUAAUCUUUACACAGAUAUCUUUUGAUCUCUAAAAUAUAUAUCAACGUCUUUUGAUCUUUUGAUGUCUAUAUAUAGUAGGUAUGGGUAUGUCAUUCAUAAUUUCUCUUGACUUACGAUAGUAAUAUAUGAUUAUAAUACGUAUCUAUACUAAUUUAGUAUGCAUCCCCUGCAGUCUCUAUAUAAUAUAAUCCAUUCAUUAAUCAAGUAUAAGUUAGAGAUUCAUAAACAUAAUAAUAUUGUCUUCAGUACAGUAAAUAUAAUAUUGUAUGUAUAUAAGGUAUACACCAUCUCUGGUUUAUGGUAAAUUGCCAGUAAUAAAUUAUAGAUAAUGUCUAUAUAAUACCUAUAAUAUUUGGUUAUAAAAAAAUGUAAACGUAAUAAAAAGAAUUACGGAAAAUUUGUCAAAUCUGCCAAUUAUAUUGUAAUAUUUCUUACCUACACGAAUAUUAUUUACCUGUUAUUAUAAAUGUGAUUUUUAAAUUGUUUUUUCAGGUAUUUGGUACUUUUGGUACUACUCGCGUCGUGUAAUAUACUCGUAACUUCGUCGAAACAAGUAAGUUUUUAAUUUUUAUUUUUUACACCACAUACCUAUAGGUAUACGUAUAGAUUUACAAAAACAAAAAUCAUGUGGAGCACGCGAGCUGCAUCCCGAGUAAAACCGAGUUGUGUCCCGCUACAGUUGAUUUGUUCCAGAGGGCUUUAAAAAUCGUUGUACAAAUACGGACUGAACUCUGAAUGUACCUAAUUAAAUUAUACGACGUAAAAUUUGACCGAAAACGACGAUUUCGUUUAAUUGGUUAUUAUUUUAAAGAGUGCUCGAAUUAGAGGGGAACAGGGGGACGGAGCUCCUUUAUUUUUUUUAAAUGUCCCCUUAUACUAAUUAUGUAUAUUGGGACGGAGGGCAAUACGUCUAUAUACAAAUAACGUUAUUUUUCAAAAAUAUGCAUGCAGAUAUAAAGUACAUACACAUUUAAUUCUUAUUGUUCAGUCUUAAAUAAAAAUAUUAUGAUUACUGUUUUGCACGUUUGCCUUGUGUGAUAAUAAAGGAAAUAAUUAAACUAAAAUUUAAACAUAUUUUUUUUAUGAAAAUAAGAAACAAUUUUAAAUACGCAAGCAAAGACAUAAACUACGGGAGUAAUAUAUUUGUUUUUUUUUUUUUUGUAAAUUUUCAGUUACUUAAAUGUGUUUGAAAACAUCAAUAUUCAUAAGUUAUUUGUAUUCAUUCAUUAAUUUUAAUUUUUUAGACGUUAAUUUUUUAAAGUCUCAUAAUUCCUCUUCUUUUAUUUUUCCAAUUUGAGCCCUGAAUAUCGUAAGUAAAAAACUGAAAAUAAGUGCCAUUUAGGUUCAUAGUAUAUAUCCCUUUACAUAUUAUUCCGAGUCGUACUAUCGAGUAUUUCAAAACUACGCAUAAAAAAAUAAAAAUCUUAUUAUUUCUAUAACAUUAUAUUUGUUUGUGGUAAUAAAAUGUAUUUAAUAAUCGUACUUAAUUUCAUUAUUUAUUUUAUUACCGAUUUCGGUAUUUUAAGAACCCUUGAAAUAUAAUACACGAGUAUGGGUAUUAUUUGAGAAAAACCCGGUGAAACAGCGAAAAUUCACUCCUCUCCCCAGUAAAAUUUCACUAGUUUUAUUUACCUAUGGUCAGAUUUUACUGGUGAAUAUUUAACUCCCGUUAAAUAUCGGGGGAGAAGGGUCAACAAUCAUUAUAUGGUGGUAAAUGUACCUUUAUAUUCGGGAUGUGUAACUCGUGUGCUCCCAAAAUAUGUGCAAUAUAUAAUCAUAUUUAGUAUUACACGCUCAUGCCAGACACUCGGGGAUACUGCGAUUUUUAAAAAAAAUGUAUCUAUGUAUUUAUUAUCAUUUUUUCUUCCUUUUUUUUUUUUGUGAGAUAAAUAUCGUACGCACAAAGAGCGCAUUACACACUUGUUGUCCCAUUCCAAAAAUCCCCUCAUUCAUCAAAAACCGUACACACGUGCUAGCCAUGUGCAUGUGUACAAUAUUAUUAUUAUUAUUAUUAUUUUUAUACGUUGUACAACUAAUAAUAAUAAUAUAAUACCAGUAGGUAUAUUAUAUUGUGUGCGAUUCGAACAUCAAACGGUCUAACCGCUAAUCGGAUGCCUGGCGCGUUUAUUAAAAAUGUGCAACGCACGUCCGUAUACGGUUUUUGCAGCUAUAUAGUCUGUAAGAUCGGUCAUUAUAUUAUUAUGUGUAUAUUGUGUAAAAUAUUGUACUAUACAUGCCUACAUGUGGACGGUGUGAGUAGUGACUCAUUCGUCGGGUUUCAAUUUUGAAUGUAUGCCGAACGGCGGUGGCGAUGAAAAUGUAUAAUAUAUAGGAGGAGUACGCGAGUAUACCAAGAAUUUGUCAACGAAAACGUCAACGAACACGUGAUAUACGACCCUAAAUAUGGCCUAAAUCUAAAUACUAACCAUAUGAUACUGCAUGCGGUGUAUCGGGGUGCAGACUGACGAUCUAGACGUUUCGUAAAUAUUCAUUCACAAACCCCGUCCGCCGUCGGGGUUUAUUUUUUCGGUUUUUCAAAUUAAUGUAGCUUUUUUUUUUUUUUCUAAUCUAUAUCGGCUAUUAGCCCAAUAACGACGGCGUCUAGUUCGCAUAUGUAAGUGUUUCAAAAUUUAAGGAAUCUGAUAUCGAUAUUUCCGUCUUUUAUUCAACGAGUAAUGCGCAACAACAUGAUAAUAUAUUAUACAAAUUAAACAUUAUAUUUAUUUGUUGUAUAGAAAUUGAGACCAAUUUUCCUUCAAUUGGUUCAAGUAAUAAUGCAAUUUAAUUUUUUUUUUUUUUUUUUUGUUGUUGUACAUUUUCAAAUCGAUUUUUUGACGUUUAAAGAUAAAUCUUCGAAAAAAAUUGCAUUUCUCCGACCACACGUAUAUUACACGGUAAAUUCAAAUCUGUUUUCAGAAUUCCUGUCACUUUAUAGGUUCAUACAUCGAUCGGAAUGAAAAUCGGUCUCAAUUUUUUUGCUAAGUAUAUCCAUGUGUCAAACAAUGAAAGAAAAUAUCUAAAUCAGAUCGCAAUAAAAUGUACAUUAUGUAUGGUUAUAAUAUUAUAAUUUAAAACCCCUCAGACGUCUAAUAAAAUUAUUAUUGCCACGUUCAUUGUUUAAUAGUUCCAAUAGAAAUAUAAACUUCAACGUACGUACGUAUACAUACGAUUUGUUUUGGUUUUCCGAUUAAUCGUAAAACUAUUGAGUAAGUACAGUGGCGAAUAACCAAUACUCGUUUGCUUUCCAAUAAACUCUUAGCUUAAUUUUCAUCAUAAAUGUAUGUUUUAUAUGAAUUUUCAAAACCAGUCUCUCCAUACGUUAUUUUAUCGUAGAUCCUCCUCUAGGUAAGUACUUAUUAAAAAAGUAAAAUGCAUGUUACUCUUAAGUUUCAAAAAUGUAUAAAAUCAUAAAUUAAAAUCUAAAUAAAUCGAACGCUUGAAUCCAAAUUGAGUCAUAAAGCAAUCGACCUCUCAUUAUUUCAAAUAUUAUAGGUUUCAUUUUAUUUCAUUUUACCAUUUCACUCAGUUAACGAUACUAUACCGAUUUUGUUUACACAACUCGUUAAGAGUUGAUGUUUCCAUCACUGGACCGAUUCGAACAUUAUAGUUUGUUACCAAACACUAACAUGUCAUUGACAAAAUUGGCGUAUACAUUUUUUCAAUUAUUAAUUAUUAAUUACUUUAAAUCUGCGAUGCUGAAACUCUAAUCAAAUUGAAUCUUUAAAUGCUCUCAUUUUUCUAUAAUUAUUAACAAUCAAAAUAUUAAUUUUUUUAAAUUUAUUAAUUAAAUAUACAUUUUUUUAUUUAUAUUUAAUUUAUAAAUUUACAUUAUAUUGACGUUUAUUAAUUUCAAAUUUAUGUCAUUAUAAUUUUUAUUAUAAAUAACCUAGGUACCUAUAUAUCUUUAUUUAAAGUUCUAAAAUCAGUUAGGUUAGAUAUUUUAUGCCGGACAUAAUUACUUAUAUUUUAACUUACAAUUUAGAUACCCAUUAUAAUAAAAGCGCUCAAAACGCUUAUCUAAAUUAUGCCAAUAAUACCUACUCAUUAAUGCACUUUAUACGUCUUUAUUUUUUUUUGUUACUAUAAAAUUAAAUUUUAAGUCAAUAGGCCUAUAUUAAUUAUGAAUAAUUUCAAAAACGAACUAUCUUAUACGUACAUAUGUAUGACCAUUUUUGAACUUCAAAUAUUCGUAACGAGCGCUUUAUACCCAUGGGUCCAGGGGACGAACAUCCCCCCCCCCCCUCACACUUUUAUUUGAGCUUCUAUAUUUCCACAUUGUUUGUUGCUUUUAAAUUAAAAAUACGGUAUAUCAUUCUAGUAUAGCAUAAUAUAUAGCAUAAAAUAUAUUAUAUCUAAAUAAUUUAUACGUAUCUUAUACAUUUAUUAUUUAAAUAUAAAAUAAUCCCGCCGCUAAACGUUAUCGUGUUUAUAUUUGAAAACGAAAAUAAUCUACUAAAAAAUGAAAUAAUAUAUUACGAUUAAGUUAUGCUUAUUUAUAUUUCCCAGCACCUGUUCGCCGAGCGAUUAAUAUAUGUGUGUAUUUUAAAUAUUAUAUUAUGCAUUAUACAAUUAUUAUUUCAUUUUUUUUUCCUUUUCCGAAAUGAGAGUGGAGGGGUUCUUAAUGGUCAUAAAUCAUACUAUAUGUACCUAUGGUCUUUUGGUUAGCUACAUACAUCUAUAAUAUUCUACACAUCUUUUUGUCCGGCAAAACGGAAACAUAAUGGUCACUGAAAGCUAUUUAUCAACACGCCUUAAUGGUGAUUUAAAGUCAAGUUCUCAUAUAAUAUGAAUAUUAUAUAGUAUAACACAACAGACACGAAAAAUGUGACAAAUAUCUCAUCUCGUCCCUUUGUUAUGAAUUAAAUUAUAAUUAUUAUUCAAAAAUAAAACCGGUAACAGAUUAUGCUGCUGCAACGGACGUCUCUGCAGACUACAAUACCCAAAUAUUUUUUAUGUGCCAUGUUAGUAAUAUACGUGGCAUCGAUCUAAUGAUCACGUCAUUUAGGCCGUUUAGCUUUAUCAUGCGCAUGGUUAGUUUCGACUUAAGCGAGCGUUUACCACAUGAAUAAAUCAUAAUGAUAAUAAUAUAGGUAGAUGCAUUUUAAAAUGCAUUCUACUAGAAUAAUUAAAUUAAAUAAAAAUUAAAAAAUAUUAUAAUAUCCGUUUUACUCUACAGAGUGAUCAAUAUAACGUAAGACAUUCAUUAUUUCAGAAAUUAUUUACAUUUUACGAAAACAAAUUUUCUUGGACAAUUCAAAAAACAAGCAGCACAAAAUAUUACAAUAGGUAUUCUUAUUUUUUGUCAUUGUUAUACUCGAUGAUGAAACCACAAACAUAUUUUCAUAUUCAAAUGGUAACUUAUAAAGUUAAAAUGGCAUUAAUAUAUUAUGAAGUUUUAGCUUAAAUGCAUGUUGGUAUUGACAUUUUUAAUUUCUGUCUAGUCGUUGACUAUUUCUGUAGACCAUUUCUUCAAUGGUUUAAUUUCAUUUUGCUUAGGUACCUGCGUUAUUACUUAAUGUAUUAUAUAGUUUUAAUUUCCUAUAAUAUUAAUUUCCUGCCCCAUGGAAAAAACUUGGAUACGCCUCUAGCUUAAUAGUUAAAAUUUAGGAAAACACCAAUUAUUAUAAGACCAUGAAGUGUCAUAUUAUAUAGUAACAUGAACCACGGGAAACGAUAAUAACAGUGUACUUCACACAAAUGGUAACACAAAAUAUUUCAGCCAGAUGAACUUUGAUCAAACUGGAGUUUUAUUAAGGGACAAUACUACCUUUAAAAAUUGUAAUCUUUUAUAUUGUUAUAUACUAGUAUAUGAAACUUUUUGACUACUUAUAUCAACUUUACUUAUAAUUUUUUCCCCACAUAAAACAGUAGUCAAUUUUCUUAAAGUUUUAAGUCUAGGAUUAUUUUGAAAAAUUGAAAAAAAAAAACAUUUUUUUUUUUAAUAAAGUUUAGAUAACUGUAUCUGAAGAAAGUUUUAAGAUAAAAACAAAAUUUGCAAUAUUUGAGUAAUAAAAUAUAAGUUUUGUUGUGCAUGCACAUUGCACACAUUGCAAGGCAUUCUGAAAGUUUAUUCAAAACCUGUGUUUCGGUACUUCUUACCGACUUUCGUAAAUAAAACCUAUUACAAGCAAAUUAAAAAAAAUAAUAAUAAUAAUAAUAAUCAUCGGGCUAAAAUAUUUCGUGUCUCCAUUUGAGUUGAAACACUCAUUGUAUAAUGUAUUAGUAAUCGGAGAGGUCAAUAGACGUUUAUUUACAAUAUUUUUUUUUGCUUUGCGGUAUGGGUAACCAUCAACAAGUACAGAGCCCCUAGUUUCGAAAAAAUAUAUAAAUAUUAGUAUGACUUUUGGAUUUUAAAUUCGGUCGGAAAUACGUGCGCGUCGUUUUAAUCGAACGGACGUUGUUAUAAAUACCUAUCGCAAGUUUAUAGGAUUUUAAAAUUCAGCCGUAAACAAUAUAUACCUAUAAUAAUAAUAAAUUUCUUCUACGCUACAUUAUUAUUGUACAUAAUGUGUACAAAAAAUGUUGUUUGAUAUUCUUGUAUCAGUAAAUCAGUUAUUUAUGUGAAGUGAUGAAGUUAUGUGACGAUGGCGGCGAAAAGACUGCGUAUAGGUAUAGUUCGAAAAGGGAACCGGACGAACAAUAGACAUUUUUAAUUCUUUAAUCGACUGCUCUCCGUGAUUGUCAUGUUAUUAUUAUUUUAUUUUUGGCACAUUCGAUCAAUACAAUAUUUCGUAGAUUAGGUAUUCAAACGGUGCGUGUUAAGGAAUCAAUAUUGUUAUUUGCCGACGUUCAAUGAAGCGCAGUAUUAUUUGAACCUCCCAUUUUUUUUUUUUUUUUUUUUUAAAUAAAACUAUCGAUAAAAAAAAUGUAUAUAUUUUACAUAAUACAUAUCCAUUAAGUAAUAUUUCACUAUAAAUCAUAAUACACGUAAAUUACGUUACACAAAAUCAUGAAUAUCGUUUUCAUUUUAUAAAAAUAUAUAAAUCACGAAUUAACAUGAUUUUUAAUAAAGGUCUUUGAACUCGAUUUUAAUCGAAUUUUGCGUUUCUCCUCAAGUUUAACGCACUCGGGUAAAGGAAAAACUAAAAUACAAUGAUCUUUCUUUAGGGUUGUCCUUGGUUGCAGGCUGUAGACGUUGAAACCCUAUGUGAAUAAUGACGCGUAUUUGGUGGAAAUGAGAUAAUAACAAAAUAUAUAAUGAUCGUGUCACAAUGAUAUUCGAAGCCACACGGUCCGUAGAAAAUUCGACUAGGUAUUUAAUAGGUAUUAUGUUUCAUGGUCGACGAUGAUUGAAAAUCGCCGUUGUCCCACAGAUCACAUAUUUGUAUUAUUACGUUAGAAUACAAACUCUCUGUAUUUUAAAAAAUAUUCACACUCGAACUAUAUAUGUACUCAUACCUACCUAAAUAUUAUAUGAUUACAUUUUUCAAUCGCACCGUCGUCGUGUAAUAUAUUUAUGGUUUUGACAUGUAUAAAUGCAUUACUAUUAUGAACGUUCUGUUCCCCGCGGGAAACAGUUUAAUCCUUUGUAUUUAUAUUUUUUCAUCAAAAUUAUUGUAAUUAUUAUACCUAAAUACGAAUCUCGUCCGAUUUAUCUUGACAACUGCAAUCGUUUUUUUACAGGUAUAAAAGUAAUUAUUUUCCGUUGUAUCUGUACACAACGAAUAUAAUAUAAUGCGUUUUUCAAAACAUAUCCGUAAGCAGCGUUGCAGAAAUCCAUCACUAAAGUCACAUCCCUCCUCCCCAGUUAUUUUUUAUUAUAGAAAUAUAAUAUUUUAAGCAAUAAAUAGGUAACCGGAUACUUUAUAAUAUUACAUUAUUACACUGUAUUACAACUGUACUGUAUUAUUCUAUUACUGUAAUAAAAAAAAAAUAUAUAUGAAAUUUUAGCAUUAAAAUGGUUGAAUAAAGGUUGAAAGAUUACUCUAAUAAACCCUCCAAAAGGAUUCUUGGUCCUAACGUAAUUUACAUAAUAUACAAAAUUGCAUCCCUCUAGAUAGCUUCAUUUGGGAGUUAUGUAGGGGUGUUCAACGCUAAAAAAUACCACAACAUUAUACGCUGAAAUCUAUAUUGAAAUCUAAUUUUUAACACUAUUCAAUCCACUUAUAAAAUAACUCUAAUUUCCGAGUAUGAGAUCGUUUGAUCCAGAAGAAGCCACUAAAAGUGUCUGAAAGUUUUGAAAAGAAGAUAGAUGUGGGUAAAUAAUUGGAAUAUCAGACACGGUUUAGUGAAAGUUAAGAGAUAGUCUCUUUUCAAGCAAAAUUUGGAAAAUAAACGCGAUAUUUUUUUAAAAAAAAAAAAAAACCGUUAAAAUUACGCGUAUACUCUAGGGCCUAUAAUGUAAUUAUAAUAUUCUCCGCAUAAGAAAUCGAUAUGGGUCAUGAUAUUAAUAGGGGUUAAUUCUUUACUCGUUCCCACAAACACACUUCACUUAAAAUCGUUUAAAUCGUAAACUAUUUUUAUGUUAAAUGAUUACAAGAAAAAUAAAUACCCACUUAAAAAUGUCUAUUAUAUUUAUAGUACGUAAUUACCCAGGCCCGCCGUAAUAUGUUUUCCGCCCUAAAAUUUUAUUGCCGUAUUUUUUGACGGUUAUUAUUUUCAAUUUGUAACUUUAAUUUCUUUGAAAUUGUAUGCCGUCCUAAAACAGCGCAUGUCUUACUUGUUUCCUGUACUUGCCUACUACUUACAUGUGGCUUAUUAUAACCUAAACAAUUGAGUUAUUUUAAUUUUUCUUGGAUUCCAUAAAUAUUUUGUUUGUUAAACAAAUUAAAUUAAAAUAAUUUGGCCUUUAAUAUUACAUAUUAAUUAUUUAAAUGGAUGUUGACGUCUUGACAAUCUAUGUAACGGUUUUAAAAUGUUCAUGGUUCAUGUCUAUUUUUUUUUUUCAUGAUAUAACGUCAAUUUCAAAUUUACAGUUUGAUCCCGACAUGAAAGCAAAAGAUUUUAUCUUCGUGCAUUUUGUUUUAAAUAUUCAUGGAUCACGAAUCUCGAAAUUAGAAGAAGCGUAAUCUUAGAUCUUUAUUUUGAGUUUUCUAAACUAUUUUAUAAUUUUUGACAUGAUAUUUUUCUAGAUUCUCACGGUCGUGUACAUGUUGAUAUAUGUGCAGAUAAUCUAUCCCAUCAUUUUACAAGUGGUUGUUUUCAAAUUCCCUUAAAUCGUUAAAAACAUUCAAUUCAGCAGAUCUAUUAUUAGAUAACAUAUUCUCUCUUCUCAGUAAAUUGUUGGUUUCCUAGCCUCGUUACUUUGAAAUAUUGUUAUGUUUAAUUUUGCAUAUCUUGUUAAAAUAAAUAAAUGAAUGAUGAUAUAGGUAUAGGUACUUAUAGUUUUGGCAUUUGUUAAAAAAAUAUACUUUUUAUGAUUCUUUAAUAUUAAACUGUGUUUAAAAUCAGACAGUAAAUCGAAAUAUGCGUUUGGUAAAAAUAUUAGAUCUAUUCGUCUAUUGAACAAAUUUUUCUUUUUAAACUAUGUGCAUUCAUAAUUUUAAAUGACCUUCAUAUUCUCGUUGUUUUAGUACUCAUGGGUGCUAUUGUUAUUAUUGUUUUUCUAAUUACUGCACAUCGAAUUUCUUACCCAUUUAAAAAUUAACAAUUUCCAUAAUUUGUACCAAGCUUUCUAAAGAAAUUACGAAAUAUUGUUACACACUAUUAAUUUAUAAUAUUAUAUUAAAAAAAAAAAAAAAUAGGAAUUUGUACUACUUAUAUGUUCACGUGUAAUUUUUUUUGUUUAGUUAAUAUAACCGUCCAAAUAUUUUUUUUUUAAAUUACCUAUAAUUACCUAUAAGAUAAAUACGUAAUGCUAUAUAACACUGCAAAACAUUUUUUAUGUUUUCGUAAUUUCCAUUGAAUUAAUUAUGAAUGCCUAGUUAAGUGUUUUUUUUUAGAUUCUGAGCAUAGCAAAGAAUAUAUUGGUAUUACUAUGAUGAGUGUUUUUUCCUCUAUGGUAACAAUUUUUCUUCCAAAAAUCCUGCUUCGAUUUUCAAGUGUGAGAUGUUUUGUUAUUAUUAUUAUUAUUAUUAUUAUUUUUUUUUUUUUUUUUUUUUUGAUCGAAUAUGCAUUAUUGUGAUUUGUAAUACGAUAAUGAGUUAGGUAUACCCGUACGGAUAUACUUUCGAUUUUUUAUUAAGUAGAUUCAAAUAUGUAUUCAGCCGAAUGAACAUGAGCUGGGAAAGAACCUGGGUAGGUGUUUAAGAGAUAUAUUUUGGAAAAAUAAUGUUUUGUAAAAGAAAAUCCCGAAUUUAAUUACAUACUAUAUAGUAAAUUAUAAUAUAAGGGGGUUAUACCAUAUCAAAUAUCUCGGUAUUUUUAUGGUGUUAAAGAGCGCAUAAUAUUAACGUAAUCCGAGACAAACGUUCAGUUAAAUAAAAUACCUACCUACCAAGCUUAUUAUUACACAGUAAAUUCGAAUCGGUCGUAUUUUCAAGAUGAGUAUCUCGUAUAGUACCUAUAUAUGCCUACUUAAUACUUAAUAUCCAUGCGGUAUUAUAAUAAUAUUCUAACACAACACGCACACACAUACGUCAACACACUGGGUGUUUGUGCGUACGUGUGUGUAAAUUAUAUAGUUUAAAAUUCGUGAUUUCAUAGUUUUCACAGUCCGUCCGGUUUAAAAAUAUUACAAGUACCUAUAUUUUUAUGAACACUGCCUAUUAUUUUCUUAUUUUCUAAUCAAUAGACAUAAUCGGCUGCAUUUCGCCGUUAUUUCCAUUAAUUUUGUACCAUUUUUUUUUCCACGGCCACGAUGAUUAGGGAAUCGUGAGAAGCACCUGGACCGUGACAGGGUGUCGUGGCGUUAUUUUUAACACACCAUUAAUCACCUCACUAACGAACUCUCGAUUUUGUGUAGUAUAGUCGUAGUAGUUAGCGGUAUUAUGAUGUGUGAGCAGUCAACGGACACCGCCGAAAUACAAUUUUUUUUUACUAAGUAUUAUUAUUUUUAUUAUACAUUAUUUUAAACAUGUAUGUUAGGAAAUAAUUAUUAAAUCUGGUAAAAUAUAUAAAAAUAAAAAACAAAUUUAAUAAGUCGAACAUACUUCACACCGUGGGAUAACCACUAUUAUAGGUGAAAUGUGAAGAAUUUGAAAGGUAUAGGAUAUUCGGUAUAAUCAAAUUAAUAUACAAAAACUUUAAAGCUACGAUAAAUCAUUGCAAUCAAAAAACUAUUCUGAGUGGAGAUCAAGUAUUAGUCAUUGUUUUCCUUCUUAGUCAAAUAUAACUCAGAAAUCAACAAAAAUAAAACCAAUUUAUUAACAUUUUUUAAAAUUCGUAGCAUAAUAAAGGAUUUGUUGGUUUAACAGUGACGUGUUUUUUUGUUUUUUUUUUUGUGUUUGUGAACAACUUUUCUACCAGAAAUAUUUCUCCAAUUUAUAUAAUAUAGCACCUUUUCUGAGAGGUAUAUUAUCUAAUAUUAUCUAGUUGGUGCAUUGAACAAGUUAUUUUUUGAUUUUUCAAGGGGUUUCAAAAUAAUUGGGAAAAAACGAAAACAAAAUUAUAGGAAAACCGGUAAAUAUUUACGGCACCCUCGCAAUGUUACCGAUUUCAUUGUUUUUAAUUUUUGCAACUUUUGUUUUCUACCAGAAAUAUUGCUCCCAUUAAAAAAUAUCAAAAUAUUGACUUUGUUCCUUUUAACACAUAGCCACCAGUGGCGUAAAUAUGAAAAGUUUUAGGUGUUUAACCUCCCCCUCCCAAAAAAAAAAAAAAAAGUAUGGUUGGUAUGGUACACGUUGUGUAAAUUGAUGUAUUUAUUUAAUCUAUCUAUCAACUAAAACCCAACAGCACAGCACGGGAAAAAUGAAGAUUUAAGACGUAUAAAUAAAACGAACAUACUACGCACAAUGGGUGGGCCACUGUUGUAAGUGAGAAGUUGAGAAGAUGGUAGGGAAAUUUAAUAUAUCUGUACGCAAUGAUUAAUCGUUCCUAACGAAAAACGAUUUUAAGCUGUGUUUGAUUUUAUAUGUUUUAAAAGGCCGUAAUAUAUAUGACUUGAAAAUAAUACAUUUCGCAAAUUUUUCCGAUUUUCUACGUUUUUUUCCAUCAUACUUCAGUCUUUUUUUUAAUUAAUAUAAUGUAUUAUAUUUUUUUUUUCUAAUUCUCGUCAGCAUCGCAUUUUAAAAUAAUUGUAGGAGAUUUAUAAUUUUCAGAGUUAGAAUAGUAUUGUUGGUUACUUACCUUAUCUUUAAGCCGCUUAACCUCGUUACCAAUAUUAUUAUAUUAUAUGAUUAUAUUGUAUUUAAAUGGUCACAGAUUUAUUUAAAAACACACUGAUAAUUGUGUUAAAAAAUAUUUAUCAAAAAUAGAAAUAUCAAAAGAAUGUAAAAAUGUGUUAUACACAAUUUUAAAACAUUUUUUUUAAUAUUAAAAUAGUUCAUAAUAUCUUCACAACAUCUUUGCAUCCAGGGAAGAAGAUCAAUGUCAAUUUUUUAAUUUUUUCGCCUUUAUUUUUUGUCUAAAUUCCAUAAGUAGUUUCUGUAUUGAAUUCAUUUGUAUUGAAAACUACAUACGAUUGAUUUAAGCCUGUCUUCUCUAAAACUAAAGAUAUAUAUUAUUAUUGUUGAAAAUGUUAAUUAUAUAAUGUCAUACGGUUUUAAUAUUGUCUAUUAGCACCGCUUCCGACACGGUCGACAUAAGAGACAACAAUGGAACAAUACGUUCAGCAGCUCUGGAUUUAUACCUGAAUACCAUGUGUAUAUGGAAGAAAAUGAAAAUCCAGAAACUGGUAAUUGGAGUCCAUGGUCUGAUGAUAGUCAAUGUUCUCGUAGCUGCGGCGGAGGUGUUGCGUUUCAAACCAGACAUUGUUUGUCAGUCAGGUACCUUAUAUAUUAUUAUAUUAUUGGCGUUAUUGGUUAUUUAUCUAUGUGUACAAAGAAAUUAUAGGUAUUUUUUUAUCCACGAUUCCACCUCAAAGAUAAUAUUUUGUAUGGAGUCAUAGGUUUGAACGAGAUUUCGAUGACCCACUUGAGUGCGUUAUGUUAAGUACAGUUUUUUCACACCUGUAGAUUGGAUUGCGUGAUUGUAAAAUUAUAUGUAGAUAAGAAUAAAAUAAAAUAAAUUAGUAUAUUAGAUAAAUUUUCGCUUAGUAUAAUUAAUUAGAUUUUUUUUUUUCAAUGUGAUACUUACUUCACGAACUGACACCAGAUUAAAAGAAUUGUAAUACAAUACAUGUUUUUGUAAAAAACUCUAAUAAUAUUUUAUGGUUAAAGUGGUUUGAGUGGAUUUUAGAGUGGAUAUAACGUAAAACUUUUUUUUUUUUUAGUAAAAAAAUUUGUUAAGAUGUUUAUCGAUAUGAUAUAGUAGUAGCGGUUUAGACAUUUGAUUACAAUUUUCCAAUUUUUACGAACAAUAUUUUACUAUAUAUUACAAUGUUCACUAAAAAAUACAUUAACCAAUAAUAAUAAUAAUUAUUAUUAACGUUGUCAGUAUUCUACUGAACAAACACUAAUACGGUACCUAUAUAAUAUUCGUUGUCCGUCGAAUACUUUUCUCCGAGUAAUUAGGUAUAUGUUAUAACCAUUUUUACUAUAUUUCAUGUUUAAUAAGCACUUAGUAAUAUUGCAAUGAAUUGUUUGUAUUUAUUUUCAGAGGAGACGGUUUCGAAGAUUGCACAGGGCCUUCUAAAAGAUAUUAUUCAUGCAAUAUUCACGUGAGUAAUAUUAUACUAUUGUAUACCUUGAUCGUUAUUAUAUAAAUUCUAACUGCAGAACAAACAUUUUUUUGAACAAAUAAUAUUUUAUUCAACAGGCAUACAAUCAUAAAAAUAAUGGGUAUAUUAUGUUAAAUACCUAAACUACCCAAGUGAAAUGUAAUUCGAAUAUAUUAUCGAUCGGCAUACUUAAUGUAAAUCAUCGUAAAAUACUAGAAUAUUGUUAAAGAGAUAUCUAUAAUUUAUACACAAUAUACUUUUUCACGGUUGGGUCCCAUCUUAAAUUUGGGUCAAUUGUUCGGUCCCCUCUCUAUUUGUUUCAAACAAGUCUAAUUGAAAAUGUUCAGUGUAAAUUUAUAAAACUAUUAUGCUUUAAAUUAAAUAUACCCACUUAAAGAGAUUCGUAUAAUAUUCAGAUUACCCAAUUGAGGAUUGCGUUUUGUUAUUUGAGGAGGAAUGUUGCGGAUAUUAUGAUUACAUAUGACCUAUUAAAUGGUCUUAUUUUUUCUCCAGAACUAUUAUCUCUGAUUGGUUUUAAUAUAAAAACUCACCGAUUAAGAAAUUCCAACUUAUUUAAUGUUCCUCUUUAUAGAAACAAUUUUACUUCCACCUCAUUUAUCCCCAGCGCUCUCUGUCUCUGGCGAACACUGUAACAGUUGAAUUUUUUUCUAUGUCAUGUAAUAUUUUCAAACAGAAUGUUUAAAUUGCCUUAAAUUUGCCUGUUUGAAUUUCUCUUUUAUGAAUUAUUGAAAUAUCUUGAAUACUUCUAUUAUUAUUUAUUGUUAAUUUGAUACUUAUACUUUUAGUAUACGGGUUUUUUUUUUGUAUUCAUACUCGAAUGUAUACAUAUUUAAACUAUCAAAUUUUCGCAAUUAAGUUAAGCAGAAAUUGUGCGCAUUAAUUGUAUUUUUCUAAAGGGUUAAAACCCACCUAAAAAUACCACCCAAAAUUGAUUAACACGUUAAUCAAGUAAAAAUAAUAGGUAUUUCCAAAUUCCUAAAUAAUCAGUAAAAAUUUAAAUCAUUUUAUUUUAUCAAAACUUAUAGGAUCGAUUAAAGAAUCGUAUAGCUCAAAUUUAUAAUUAUUAUUUUUUUUUUUUUAGGAAUGUCCUAGAAAAAGUUUCGAUUUCCGUCGCGAACAAUGUUCCGCAUUUAAUCGAGUACCCUUCGAAGGAACAACCUAUGAGUAAGUGAAAUAAAAAUAAAAAUAAAAAACUUUAUAUUAUACCGGAAUAAAAAUGUAAAUAAAAAUAAUUUAAACAGAUGGAUACCAUAUACCAAAGCUCCGAACAAAUGUGAAUUAAAUUGUAUGCCAAAAGGGGAACGAUUUUACUACAGGCAUAAAAAUAAAGUGAUUGACGGUACAAGAUGUGACGAAGAGAAAUUAGAUGUCUGCGUUGACGGCAAAUGUUUGGUAGGUUUUUUGGAACAGUAUAAUAUGUUCAUAGUAUUAUCGGUAUUAUAAUGUCUAAUCAAAAAAAUAAUAAAUAUCACAUCACGUUUACUUUUAUUUGGGUAGGUAUUUAAAAUUAAUCAACCUUUACUAUAUUUUAAUAUUAGUAGGUAACUAGCAGCUAACUUGUGUUAGUGUAAUAUUUGUGUGCAUAAUAUCCACAAUAAUUAUACAUUAAAUUACUUUAACGUUCCGGUCGUUUUCCUGACGUCCGUUGUGCUGUUUGAACUUUAAAAAAAUUAACCGUCUCUUACAGUUAUCAAACUCAACUUAACACCCAAUACAAAGUUCAAACAUAAUUUAAUAAUUACAUAGUCGUUUACAAAAAUAAAACAAAAUCAAUAAUACAGUUGUUGGCUACGUUUUUGUUUAGAUAUUUAUUUUACAUAUAUUAUAACACUAAUAAUAUUACAUAAUAUAAUAUAUAACAUAAAGGUAUUUAAUUUAUUAUUUAUUUUUUAUAAAUUUGUUUCUUAUUUUCAUAAGGAAAAAUAUGGUGUUUAGAUGUUCGUUAAAUUACUUAAAUAUUUUAUGAUCACACGGGCCGGCCUAUUUUAACGUGAAAUGUAACUUUUAAAUGUUUACUAUUUUACUCUUAAUUUUCUGUUAUUUGUAUAUGAUAAAAAUAAUAUAAACAAUGUCACACACACAUAGAAUUAUGUACAAAAUACAAGCAUAGAGACAUACAUUUUAAUAAUUUGAAAUAAUAUAUUUUGUCGAAAAAAUUGGCGUGUAAUGAAUUUAAAGUGCUUUGAAGUAGAUAAAAAAUUAUUUUACUACACUUAAAUAUUAUGAACUUUAUGUACUAUAUACAUUUAAAAAAAAUUGUUAUUGUCGCGAUAAUCAAUGACUGACAUUGCUCAAAUCGGAAAAAAAAAUUAAGCGGGACUAUGAGACUUCAACAAAAUUAGCUUUCCUUAUACAAUGGUUAUUCAACUUAACCCGCAUUGGUAGCGGUACGUUAGUACACAAUAUAAUACACAAAUUUGAUUUUGUAGAAUUCGUGUGUUGUUAAUAUUUAUGUUUACAUUGUCAACCUAUAACUAUUGCCUAUCUAUGUAUACGUAUAAUAUUCCAGCCCGUCGGAUGCGAUUAUCUACUCGGAUCGCCCGUAAGAGAAGAUCGCUGCCGCACUUGCGGAGGCGACAACAGCGACUGCAACACAGUCCAGGGAAUUUUGGACAUGAACGAUCUACAAUACGGUACAUUUUUAUUAUAAUAAUAAUGAUAAAACAAUAACACGUAAUCGGUAACAAAAUCGUUACCUAUAAUAUUUUUUACCGUUUUAUAAAAUGUUGUCAACGCCGAAAUGUUAAACAUAAUACAAGUCGGUAAAUAUAAAAUUAACGUGACUUUUUAUAUCGACUUUAUUAUAGGUUGGUAAUAUAAUAUUAUACUGCAAAUCAGGGGCGUAAUUAGUCAUUAUUUUAGUGGAGGAGGGGGGGGCGAAUCGAUGACUCUGUUUGUUUUUCUAAACUGAUAGCGUUUGAUGAUUUACCUCGACAGACCCGUAAGUAAGAGGGGGGAGAGAGGGGUUUGUUUUGAGAUAUUUUUUGACUUUAGUGUUCUGAUAACUGUAGUAAUAAAUUACUUAUAAAUCGUUGAAACAAUUUUAUUUUUGGUUUUUCGUUGACAAAUAUUAAGGUGCAAUUUUAAACUUCUUUUUUUCAUUGUAUCAUAAUAAUAUGAUAUUAUAAUUUUAUCCACUAUAUUUUUAAAAUCUAUAUACUAAAUUACUAAAUAGUUACAUAAAUACAGAUCCACGGGGGACAAUAGUCCCUAUAACCACCCUCUAAAAUAAGUCCCUGCUGCAAGUUACGUAAAAUAAAUAUAUCUAUACGUAUAUUUUGAAUUUGAUCCAUAAUAGUAACAAAUAUUUCAAAUAAUUAGUUUAUUUAUCUAUAUUAUGUUAUAUUAUUAUAAAAUAUUUUCAAAUUACCGAUGUUCUUUUGUUUAGGGUAUACGGAUUUAUUACUUAUUCCAGCAGGCGCUACUAACAUACGAGUACGAGAAAUUCAACCGUCAAAUAACUAUUUGGGUAACUUUAACAGUUUUAAAAUACCGUUUGAAAAUAACCAAAAUAAACAAUUUAUAUUUAUUUUAAUUAAGCAAUAAGAAAUAUUUCCGGACACUACUAUCUAAACGGAAAUUGGAAAAUCGAUUAUCCUAGAAGUUUGCCGAUCUGUAAUACAGUAUUCCAUUACGAAAGGAAAAAACGAGCUCUUUACACACCCGAAAUAGUAACAGCUUUAGGACCAAUAUCAGAAGCUAUUUAUAUUGUGGUAAGCCGAAAUUAUUAUUAUUUUUUUUUUUUUUUUUGCUCAUAAGUGUUUCUGUGAGUAAUAAUAUAAUGCAUAUCAAUAAUGCAAUUCAAUUUUGCAGCAUCAUACGUAUACAUUUUUUUUUUUAUCAUGAACCAGCAAUUAUCUCAGAUGAUUUUAAUUGAAUUUGAUUUUUGUUUUUUUUUUUAAUCAUUGUGAAAUCAGGUAAGCUUGAUUUUGAAACCAUUUUUAAUUUUUCACCCCUACUCCUUGUAAAUACCUUAAAUAAGUACUAUGUACUUUUGUUUUUUAAAUAGAAACCACUCUUUUUGAACACAGAUUUGAAUAGAGAGCAUUGUUUAGACAUAUUGACACGCAUACCACUAACCGUUUUUAACCACUUUACCGUUUAUAAAUUAUAACUGUUUAAAGUUUAGACUGAAGCAAUAUAGAAGGGUGAUAAUUUCAUAACUUUUUUUAAACGAUAAAUUGAUAACUCUUCCCUAAUCCUCCAAUCUAAAGUUUAAUAGUUCUAAACGUUUAAUAGUUUUAACUUAUAAUUUAUGAACGGUAAAUCUGAUAUUAGUGUUAUGCAAAUCAAAAUUUCUAGAAAAAUAUACUCUAUUGGAACCUGUAUUCAAAAAAGGAAUUCCUAUUUGAAAAAUAAAAGUACAUAUUUAUUUAAGAUAUAUAAUGGAAUAGGGAUAAAAUUAAGCUUAAACGAUUCCACAAAGAUUAAAAAAAAAAAAACACAGAAAUCAAAUUUACUUAAAAUUUUCCGAGAUAAUUAAUGGUUCAUGAUAAAAACAAUCAUAAUAUGUAUAAUAAUAACAAUAAUCUUUAUUAAGGAAAAUGUAUUCCAAUUUACAAUAAUAUAAUAUAUAACAACUAUUUAUUUACUAAACCUAGAAAAGUAUUUAUAAAAUACUACAAUUAUGAAUUACAACAUUAUUUUUAUUUUUGCUAAAGGCAAUUAUUAUUUUUAAUGAUAAUUAUAUUAAUAAAAUCUGUAUACUAUAGUUACUUUAUCAAGAAGUUAAUCCUGGGAUUGAAUAUGAAUAUAGUAUUCCGACUAAUGCUGUAAAACAAACAUUGUCUAGGGGAUACAGUUGGAUGUAUAAUGAAUUUACCGAAUGCAACACAACUUGCGGUGGUGGUAAGCUAACAUUAAUUAUUAUAAAAAUGUACCAUAUAUUUUAAUUUCUCAGUUUUUAUUUUUUUUUUUUUUUUUUUGACCUAAUCUAACUUGAGAAACUAUAAGAUAUAUUUGGCCACAGGUAUACCGGAUAUAUGUAUAAUAAUCAGGGUAUACUUUAUUAUAUUAUUAUUAACAUAUUUUACCAUACUUGUGGACAAAAUUGUAGUUAUAUUAUUAUCUAUCAAAUAUUAAAUAUAUACGUGGUAAUAAAUCUACCAUAAGACACUCAUUAUCUCAGAAAUAAUUUAAUUUUUUCGGAAUUUGUUUUCUAGAACAUUUAAGAAACAAGCUGCACUAAUAUUUAUGUUAUUUUUUGUCAACCUACUUUUGAUUUUCAAAUAGCAACCUAUAAUAAAAAUUCCAUAAAUAAAUGGAGUAUUAUUUGAAAUAAAUUUGAAUGUUGAAAUUUUUGAUUUCUGUCAAUCCAUUAACAAAAUAUUUCACUUUUAAGUUUGGUUAGAGGAGAGUCCUGGAGUAUCAUUUGUGUGGCGGUACAGUACGCUAAUACUUUAUCUAUUUAUGGAAUUUUUAAUAUAGGUUGCCAAUAGAAAAUCAAAAGUAGGUAGUAGUUUUACCCCGAAAAAUAAAGGUAACAAUUAAAUAAAAUAAAUAUAAAAUUGUAGAACACCUUGUUUAUUAAAUAUUCUAAAAAACAAAUUCUGGAAAAAAUUAAUACUUUCCGAUAUAACAAGUGUCUUAUUAUAGAUUGAUCACUCUAUAUAAUAUCAAAUAUAUUAUCUAUCAAAGUGGUCAAAUAGGGGGGCGGUAUAACCUCCCUUAACCUGGUUUCUUUUCAAUGUGUAUAAUAAUUUAUAUUAUAAAUAAAAAAUAAUAAUAGUUGUAAAAAAUGAUCCAUAUCCCUCCCAUGACAAAAUCAUUUGACCACCACUGUUAUUUAUACAUUAUUAUUUGUAUUUUAUGUAAUUUCGAAAUUUAAUAGGUACGAGGACUCGAGAUGUUUGGUGUGCUCAAAAGAAUGACUCAGCGCCAGCACCCGCAAAACUUUGUGACCCGGGCUUGGAACCUAUAAAAUCACAAACGUGUUCCAUGGAACCGUGUCCACCUAAAUGGGCUCCCACUAAUUGGACUUUGUGUUCACACAAAUGUGGAACCAACGGCACUCAAACUAGAGAAGUAAAAUAAUAAUUUAUAAUUACAUUUUCUUAUAAUAUUUGAAUUUAUUUUAUUGUUUUAGAUUGGAUGCGUGCGACGAAUCAACGGUACGGACGUUCCUAUUGAUGGUAACUAUUGCGAUCAGUACGAUGGGCCUAAACCGAGUACUAAACAACCAUGUAAUGUGGGACUAGAGUGUCCACUAUGGCAUACUGAUCCUUGGAAACCCGUAAGCAUACAUUUAGUCAUAGACUAUAAUAUUAAAUAAGCAUUUUAAAAGCUAUACUCUAUUUUAAUAACUUUAUAGCCAUUAAAUCGAUGCACCGGCUGAGCCGGAUGAGUCUUAUUUUAUAAUUUUGAAUUUGGGUGGGCUUGGGUUUUAUAAAAUGGAACAGUAUAAAGCCGGACUAUUCAAUUAAGAGAAAAGACAAAGCAAGGCCUAAAAUCUAGCUGGGAAGUAAUUUACACACAUUUUGUAGUGCUAAAUAUCUAUGAUAGGCCAAAUACCAAAAUAUUUGCUACAAGAGCAACAAUUGAGCAAGCACUUAGUCCUCUUAAAUAGAAUAAUAGAAGAGAGGAGAACGAGCUUACUGGGUGACUCGGUUGAGCCAAUGUUGUUUUGAAAUUAUUUGUCUAAAAAAAAAAAAAAUUAAAGGUUAUAAAUUAUAAAUUAGGAAUAUAAAUUUACAAUGCAAUGGAUUAUAGAAUAAAAUUAUACAUUUACAAUGCAAUAAAUAAGAAAUUAUAAAUUAGAAUUAUACAUUUCAUUUAGGUACUUAUCGUAUUUAUUAAUUAUUUUCAUACCUACUAUUAUCUAGUAUUAUCGAUAAGCUCAGAUGGGCUUAAUUGGGCUCUUAUAGGUUCGUCAAAUAGGCCGGGCAGGGCCCUAAAAAUAUAGGUAGGAUAAAAUGUGCAGGACUCUAAUACCCAUAUAAAUCCUAAUUAUAAAUCUAUAUUAUUAAUAAUAAUAACUGAUUAUAAGUAUAAUAUAAAAAUUUAAAAUAAGUAAAUCAGCAUCGGAUAAAAAAAGUAUGCUAAUAUAUUUAAUGAAAUACUAAAAUAAUUUUUUAUUUAUUUACAGUGUGACCAAUUGUGUGGAGUGGGAAAACAAAUUAGAAAAGUAAGUUGCUAUAGAAAAGUGGAUAAGAAAAUCGUUGUUUUAAAUGAUGAUGAGUGCGAAACUCAAAAACCAGAUAUAGAGAAACAAUGUAAUUUACGUCCUUGUGAGGGUGUCGAUUGGGUAACAUCUGCGUGGUCAGGAGUAAGCAAUAAAAAUACGAUUUAAUAAUAUAAGUUAUAAUUAAAUAUUUUAUUUUAUUGGAUAGUGUGGUGAUUGUAAUUUGGAUUUUGAAACUAGACAAGUGAUUUGUGCAAAUGCUAAGGGAAAAAUAUUUGAUGGUAAAUUUUGCAUUAAAUCAAAAUACCCAGAAACAGUAAGGAAAUGUACACCUUCCGAUGCAUGCGAGUUCCAGUGGUACGCUAGUCAAUGGAGUGAGGUAUAUCAAAUUGUCAUCAUGUUAACAUUAUAUAUAAACAUCUAUAUUUUAUUUAUACUAUUAGAUUUUUUUUUUUUUUAUAUGUAAAUAUGUUUAGUGUUCGUCAGUGUGUAGUACUGGUGUACAAAUAAGAAAAGUUUUUUGUGGAUCACUAGUCGGUGAGGCAAUAAAAAAAGUUGAUAAUGCAAAAUGUGACCCUAGUAAAAAGUACGAAGAUACUAAGAACUGUACUGGCAAAGAAAUAUGUAAAGGACAAUGGUUUUCAGGACCGUGGACUGCGGUAUAUAUCUAUAUUAUAUUAUUAUUAACUAAAUAGUUAUUAUAAUUAAUGGAAUCUUGAUUUAUUAAUUUAUUUUAUACUUAACUACAGUGUUCAAAACCGUGUGGUUCUGGAGAAAAAAGUAGGAAGGUAUUUUGUAUGAUUGGCAAUUCGACUGUAGACACUAGUCAAUGUAAACCCGAAACACUGCUAUAUACAAGCGAUGAAUGUAACAAACAUCCGUGCGGAGAAGGUAAAAAUAUCCAUUUAAAUAAAUACGCAUGAAAUAAGUAUACAUUACAGUAUCUAUUAACUCGUGUUUGUUUUUCCAUAGAUCAAAUUAUGCCAGUUGAAUCACACAAACCAAUUUCAGAAGAAGAUACGUUCGAAGAAGAAUGUGAAGAUGAAAUGAUAACUGUUACCCCAUUUGCAAUCGAACCAGACAACGAAGUAAUUAUUUUUUAAUAUUUCCUAAUAUUACCAAAGACAUUAUCCAACUAAAAUAGUUGAAUUUUACUUUAUGUACGUACUUACCUAUUCAAUGUUAUCGUUUAUUUAUUUUAUAUUAGACUACUACAUUGGCCUACGACAUUAUAACUACAAUAAACAUGGAAACAAUUACAAAAUCGGAAGAAUUCACAUCUACUACAGAUUCUAUCAUUGAUGAAAAAAUAACAACUACUACGACUGCUAAGCCCCAUAUUAAACGAAACAAAAGGGAAAUUCCAGACAAAAUUAUUGUAACUACUCUUGAUGAGCUUGAAUCAACAAGUGAAUAUUCAUCUUCGUCUGAGCCAACAACAUAUAUGUCAUCAACAGAAUUAACAUCUACUUAUACACCUGAUCAAACAAGUAUUUCAUCUCAAACUGUAUUUACGGAGUCUACAACAAUAGAAGAUAUUUCAUCAACCACAAAUGAAGCUAGUUCAGAAAAAACCGAACAAACUAGUCCUAUUUCAACUACUGUUACAGAAAGUAAUUUGACUGGAACUACAGAUUCUACCUUCUCUACUGAUUCUAAAUCAACUAUUGACCUAUCAUCGAGCACCGAAAUAUCAAGUACUGAACAAUCGUCAACACCAUUUACAUCUACAGAUACAAUCUCAACAGAACCACAAAUGAGUAGUUCUACUGAAACAUUUAUGUCUGUAUCGACUACAGAUAUACCUACAUCCACAGACGCUUCAACAUUCACAGAUGUUUCAACAUCUACAGACGUUUCAACAUCUACAGACGUUUCAACAUCUACAGACAGUUCAACACUUACAGACAUCUCAACAUCUACAGACGUUUCAAUAUCUACAGACGUUUCACUAUCUACAGAUGUGUCAACAUCUAUAGAUGAUUCAACAACUAUGAACGUAGGAACAUCAACAGAUCUAUCAACAACUACAUAUGAAUCAACCACUUCAGACAUAAGGACAUCUGUUGAUUUAACAUCAACUACAGACGAUACACAAUCAACAGACGUUUUUACAUCUACAGAGACAACUGUUAAUAAAGGUUAAUAUUAAUUUUCAUUAUCCUAUCAAAUUGAAAAAUGUAUAAUUAUUUAUAGAAUAUAUUUCAUUUUGUAUAGGAACAACCAAAAAUAUAAAUCCAUUGCUUGAGAUUACAACAAAGAAGAAACGUAUUUGCAAGAAGAUAAAAAAAGUGAGAAGUUGUGAAAAAUCAGAAUUUGGUUGUUGUUUUGAUGGAAAGACUCCUGCUAAAGGACCAUUUAGUGCAGGUAAAGCUUAGAUAAAUAUAUUUUUUUAUGUAUCUUUCUACAAACAAUAAAGUUUGUUUGAUUUUUAAAUUAAUUUCCAGGUUGUCCAGAUGUACACACUUGUAAGGAUACAGAAUAUAACUGUUGUUCGGAUGGCGUAUCCCCUGCCACUGGUCCCAAAAAUGAAGGAUGUCCACCUUCAAUAUGUAAUGAAACUUUAUAUGGCUGUUGUUUAGAUGGUUAUAGUAUUUCACAAGGAAAUGAUUUUGAGGGUUGCCCUGUCGAAUUGUCAACCACUUUACUUCCUGAUCCCGGAUGCAACAGCACUCAGUAAUAUUUAUAAAUUUAAUCAUACAUACAAACAUUUUUAUUCACUUACUUGUAAAUUUAUUUUUACAAAUUCUAGAUUUGGUUGUUGUCCUAAUGGAAUACUACCCGCUACAGGGCCUAGUUUCCAAGGCUGUUAUGAAUGUAGUGAAGGAUCAGGAGAAUGUGAUUCAUGUUUAGAAACUACAUAUGGAUGUUGUGCAGAUUUUGUUACUGCAGCUACUGGACCAAACUAUGCCGGCUGUCAAGAUAAUUGUAAGUUUUAUAUAAUAAAUAAAAUGAAAAAAAAUAAAUAAUAGAUAUCUCUAACACUUUCAAAAAGUAUUUGUAUAAAAUAACAGUAAUAUUUUGGUGAAAGUAUAUAUUUGUAAUUUGUCAAUUUACAAUCAAAAUAUUCAAUGAAUUUAAAUCAAUAAUACUAAUUAAAUAAAUACAUAUGUAAUUUUUAAUAAUAACACUCGAUCUUUAUAUCAAAUUUUGUUUAGCGAUUACUAAUAUUUAUGCUUUUAUAUUAAAAGGAAUGCACUAUGCUCGCUUAAUUAUCGUAUAUUUUUUAACUGAACAAUUUUAACUAACUAUAAAUUAUUUCAGUCACAACUGACGGAUUUAUUACGGUGUCAUCCACUUCUGAAAAAGUGUUAACUGAUACAUGUCAGUUCUCAGAAUUUGGUUGCUGUCCUGAUGGAUCCACUUCAGCAGCAGGACAUAAUCUGGAAGGAUGUUUAGGAGUUGAUUUUGAUAAUUGUACUGAUAAUGGAAAUAAUACUAGUAUGUUUCAUUAAAAAAAAAUAACAAUAUAAAUGUUUUAAAAUAUUUAAUAGCUAAAUUAAAUAUGAUUAAAUUACAUUAACUUCAAUUUAAAACAACCAUCAUCAACUAAAAAUAUUUAUAGAUUGCAUGCCGGAAUGUACUAAAGAGCUAUUUGGAUGUUGUGACGAUAAUAUUACGGCUGCUCAUGGUCCCAAUAAAGAAGGCUGUUGUCUAUAUUCCGAAUAUGGUUGCUGUCCAGAUAAUAUAGUUCCAGCUGAAGGUCCCAAUUUACAAGGUAUUUUCAUUUAUUUUAUAUUUGUUAUUGUAUAAUAAAUACUUUUUGUAUUACUACAGGUUGUGGAUGUAAAUAUACACCAUUCGGAUGCUGUCCGGAUAACACAACCACUUCUAGAGGACCAAAUAACCUUGGCUGUGGUUGCCAAUAUACUGAACAUAAAUGCUGUCCAGAUAACUUCACUCCAGCAUCAGGACCAGAAUAUCAAGGUUGCCCAUGCCAUACCUACCAAUUCGGCUGCUGUUCUGACGGUGUCACUAAAGCAAUUGGUCCAAAUUCACAAGGUACGCAAGAAAAGUUAAUAUUAUAUUAGAUAUUUUUAAACAAAUGUGUGAUGUUCAAGGUUGUGGUUGUGAAUAUUCUCAAUAUGGAUGUUGUGGUGACAAAAAAACACCAGCCCCAGAUGAAAGCAAAAAUUGUGGUUGUGAGUUAUCAAGGUAUGGAUGUUGUUUAGACGGUAUUAUUGAAGCAAGAGGAGACAAUUUCGAAGGAUGUCAAUCUAAGCCGAUUUUACCUGGAGGUAUUUAUAUAUAUUAUUUGAUUAAUAGAAAUAUUUAAAUUAAUUUUGACAUUUAACUUUUUAGCCAGCUGUAGAGAACCAAAAGAUCGUGGUAGCUGUUCUAAUUUCACUGUAAAAUGGUUCUUCGACGACCAAUAUGGCGAUUGUUUGAGAUUUUGGUAUGGAGGAUGUGAUGGAAAUAAUAAUCGUUUUAAAACGCAAGAAGAAUGCAAAUCUAUAUGUAUCGAACCAUCCGGACGAGGUAAAUAAAUAAUCUAUAAAUAGGUAAUAACUAAUACAAUAUAAAAAGUUGUAUUCUUGGCUGACAAAAAUGAUGCAGAAAAACAAUGAUAUUCUUUUCAAUAAAUUAUUAUCAAUCGUCAUUGACUUAAAUACACAUAUUAAAUAUUUUUAACCGUACUUUUAUUAAUUACUAAUACAGACACAGCAUUCAUAGGCUAAUUAAAUAUUUAUUGACAUAUUUUUCUACCUAAUCGUAUAAUAUUUUUUUAAUUACUUAAUAAUUAAGUAUUUUGGUUAUUUAAACAGAUGUAUGUUACUUGCCAAAAAGCAGGGGUCCGUGUGAAGGUAAUUAUCUUACUUGGUACUAUGAUGCGGACCGAAAACAAUGUGCACAAUUUAAUUAUGGUGGAUGCCUCGGUAAUAAUAACAAAUUCCAAACACGUGAAGAAUGUGAACACCUUUGUGUUGCUCCCAAUACUAUGGGUAUAAAAAAUAUUAAUUAUUUAACCAUGUAGUUAAUUUUUAAAUAAAACAUUUAAUUUUAAUUCUAGACCCCUGUGAGCAGCCUCUUACACCAGGACCUUGUCAAGGCAAUUUCUCACGUUGGUAUUAUGAUAAAUCCGCCCGAACGUGUUCAUUAUUCAACUAUGGUGGUUGUAAAGGAAAUCAAAAUAAUUUCUUAAGUAAAGAGUCUUGCAGUUAUAAAUGUAUAAACCCACUAAAAACUCAAGGUAAGAACAAAUACAAUUUCGCUUAUCAACCAAAGUAAAAGUUUUUCUUUACAAAAUUUAAGUAGAAUUAAUAAUAUUUUGUUUUAAAUCUGCAUGACGUUAGUAGAUAGAUAAGCGUAUUCAAUAAUGCUUCAAUAAUUCAAUAAUAUAUAUCACGAAAAAAAAUGUGAAAAGAGUAAAUAGUAUCAUUAGUUUCAAAUAUAAUGAAGAAACGAUAGUUAAACAUACUUACUUAUUCCUAUCGGUUUUGGUUUAUCGACAUUAUGUAUCAAUCAUCUAUUUUCUAGAAGAAGAUAUUUGUAAACUACUAAAAGACUGGUCCGUGGGAUGAUUCUAAAAUAUAUUGGUUUUAGAACCAUGAUAAGAAAUCGUGUAUAUAGGUUAUGGUGGAAACAAAAAUAAAUUUAAAUUAAAAUCCAAAUACAAAACGAAUUGUUAUUCAGAACUGUUACUUAAAGAUACAAAAAUAUCCUAUUGAAUCUUUAAACUAAAAAUGGACUUGAGGUGUUUAUGUAUCUUCUAAACUUGCAGAGUCUAUCAUACUUUAAUACUGAUGUGUUUUAACUUUGUUAUUUAUAAUAUUGUAUUAAAUACGAGUAAAAUAUAUUAUACCUACAAUUAUUAUAACAUGGCGUGUAGAUUUAAUAUAACAUUAAUAUUAUAUUAUUUAAACUUAGUUUAAUAACAAUAUUUUGCUACUAACAUGAAACGCAUGUGGGUUUGGUGCAUAUUUAGAAGAGUGUUUGAUGGCUGUUGCUCGGGGUAGUUGCUCUAAGAAGAUUCCCAGGUGGUAUUUUGAUAACAAUGAAAACGCAUGUAAGCCUUUCUAUUAUACUGGUUGUGGUGCCAACGCUAACAGUUAUGAGACACAAGAGUCUUGUGAAAGUAAAUGUCCACCUAAAAGAAGUAAGCAUAUACCCAUAUUAAAUGGUUAUAAUUUAUUUUAUUUAUAUUUGGUUUAUAAUAAUAGUAAAAUAAACUAAUUUUUUAAUAUUUCAGAAAUCGAUACUUGUAAACUACCAGCUCUUAUCGGCGAAUGUCGAAACUAUGUUGUCCGUUGGUACUUCAACUCGUUGGAAGGUCACUGUAGACAAUUUCACUAUGGAAGUUGUGGUGGCAAUGAAAAUAAUUUUGCUACUGAAUAUGCAUGUGAAAAUAGGUGUAAUCCUGGUCGUGUAACAACAUUGGCACCACCUCAAAUUUCAAAAGGUUAUUCAAUAAAUUAAAAAAUUAUAUGAAAUAUACCUUUAACUAUUAUUACUAUAUGUUUGUUUUUAUACAAUUUGCAGACAAAUGCUUUUUGGACCAAGACCCUGGUAACUGUAGCGAAACAACAUCCAAAUAUUUCUAUGAUAAACAAUAUGGUGUAUGCAACGAAUUUAUGUACAGUGGUUGUGGCGGUAAUGAAAACCGUUUCGAUUCUAAACAAGACUGUGAACAACAAUGUUUCAACUCUCAAGGUAAUGAAAAUUGGAAAUGCCCGUUUCAAUUUUAAAAAUCAAAUUAAAAUGCUAUUAUUUUUUAUUCUUAGAUCUAUGUGAACUACCAAAAGUAGGAGGGCGAUGUCGUGAAAAUUCGAGAUAUAUAAUACAGUGGUAUUAUGAUAAAAACAAUGAUAGAUGUUUCCAAUUCCGAUUUGGAGGGUGUCAAGGCAACGCAAAUCGCUUUAACGAUCGAUUGACUUGUGAAUCCCGUUGUGUGCGAAAUGUUAUAACAACAGUUGCUGCAUCGCCAUUAACUGCUACAUCACGACCAAGCGAUGCUUGUCUUAUUCCACUUGAUCCCGGACCAUGUCUUCAAACCGUAAGAUUGAUUUUAUUUAGUAACACGAAAGAUAAUAAUUUAAAAUUUUACAUUUUUCCGAAUACUAGGUAAAUAUGUGGUAUUUCAAAUCAUCGACAAGACGAUGCGAAGUAUUUGCAUUUGGUGGCUGUGAAGGAAAUGCAAAUAAAUUCCAGUCGCUUGAGGAAUGCGAAAGAACAUGCUAUCCUUAUAUUGAUCCUAAUGGUAAAUAAAAAAGUGUACUAGGUUUAAUUUUGUUCUGAAAUAUAUUUUUUAUAAUUUGUUUGACAGCGAAUAAAAUCGAUGAUGAAACGCUAUCAAAACCUACGGAAGGUCCACAAAUAUCUACAGACAUUUGUAAAGCGGGCAAACUGCGUUGCAAACAAUUAUCUGAAGAAGCGACAAGAUGUCCUUAUGGACUCGAACAUUGGGUCAACACCUUCGGUUGCGAAGACUGUCGUUGUUAUAAUCCUUGUUCGCCGGGACCCGAUCAGAAAUCAAUGUGUCCGUCUGAUUAUCAAUGUAUAGUGGACGUGAUUACCACAGAUAGUGGAGAUACAAAAUACAAGACUUCGUGUAGACCCGGUACAUAAGUAUUUUAUUAUGUAACUAUAUUUCGAAUAGUGGGUACAAUCCACGAUCGCCUUAGAGAAUUUAUAAAAUAUUGUUAAAUACCUAAUUAUUGAACAAAAUUAAAUUAAAAUUUAACUUUUACCUCUUUAAAAUCAUACAACCGUCUAGAUUAUUAUAUUAUAUUUGUCUAUGCACUAAUUCAAACAAUUCAUGCCUAAAGAUUUUUGUCAAUGCGUUAUUAAAACCAAUCAAAUUGCAUUGUCGCGUUUAUAAAUUAAUAUUAGACCAUUAUUGGGUAUCUCUUUUGCCAGUAUUCAAACCGGGAGAAUGUCCUCAACUGACGAUCUACCAGAGCAACUGCGCGGAACAAUGCAGGACGGAUGCCGAUUGCAUGGGAGAAGACAAAUGUUGUUACAACGGAUGUGGUACGUUCUGUUUGCGCCCAACUCUGUCCACUACUACGACGACGACAACACCUUCGCCAACUUCCGCGUUGCAAGAAAAAGGUGAGGUACCGAUGACCGAGCUCUGCAGGAAUAAACUGUCUGCAAUUUUAGAACUAGAGUGCAUAAUAUUAAUUUGGGAUACAUCUUUGUUUAUCCGUUGGAGGGAGAGUGUAUACUCGUAGUAGAUUGAACUGAUACUCGUCAGACUUGUACCAUCGGCUUAGAAUCAAAGGAACAAAUCAACCAAAUACUAAUUCUUCAGAAUAAGCGAAUACAAUUAUUUUAUUAAAAUUGAAUAUAUAUUUUUUAUUAAAUUGGUUAAUAAAAAAAAAAAUAGUAAAAAAAUAGAUUGAAAUUGGUUAAUAUUUAUUAAAAAAAAAUACAUUAUACAUGUAUAUAUUUUUUUAAUUUUUACGUUUCUCCGAUUCUCUGAUUCUAAGCCGACGAUAUUAUAUUUAUCAUUUCCUAACUUAUAGAUAUUAAGAUACUACAAAAAUUGUAUGAAGACGUCAUCGCACGCCCAGUACUUGUCUAGUUUUGCGUAUACACAAUUUGAACGCCCUUUUAGAAAAUUGAUUCACUCGAUAAUAUUUCCAAUAAUUCUCGUUCGAAUACAUGAACAAAUCGAGGGCGGAACCAGGGGGUACAGCACAAAGGGAUAGUGCUCCCUCUCAUUUGCCAAAAAAAAAAAACAAAACAAAAACAAUUAUAUUUGUAUUUAUUUGUUGUACAUACCUAUUACAUAUUACUACAUUAUUAUGGGGUACUAAAUAAAAAUAUUUAAUUCGUAAUAACGUACACAAUCGACAAUACCAUCUAUAUUACGAUUUUUUAUAAUUGUAUUACAGUUAUAUUUCAUUUAUUUCGUAUGUACGGUUUUAUUAAUAAUUAAAAAUGCAGUAUAGCAAAAAUUUCUCUAAUCUAAGUGUCCUCUCCGUAAACAGAUCCUGGAUCCGCCCUUGGUACAAAAUAGUCGUGUGUGAUUAUCGCAGGUAUCCGUUGUAUAAUAAUAAAAUCCGUUCAAAACCGUGCUCACGGAAAACAGAAAAAAUUACACUCUAAAGUGUUUUUCGAGUUAUAUAAUUUGUAGACCACGUCAUUCUUGCAUCAUCAAAGGUACAAAACCGUAUUUCAUUUUCUUUUUUUUUAAUACUAAAUUAUUAACAAUUGUCAACCGGAAUUAUUCUGCCACUUUGUAGUACACGAUUACACCCUAUAGGUUCCGGGUCAAUAAGCAAUACGAAAAAAUAAAUAAUUGAAAACAAAAACGUCAAUAUUGAUGUCUAAAAAUAAAAACAAACAUGUUUUUCUAUUAAUUUAAAAAUCGGGGUUUAGUUGUUAUAUUUUAUGCGACAAUGUUUUAACCACGAGGAAAAAAAUUACGCCCUCGCGUAUUAUUAUAAUAUAACGGCGAAUACUUAUGUUUCUAAUAAACGUCAAUAGAGUAAAAUUUCAAAAAAGUGUUUGAUAAGUCUCUAACCGUGUAAAUAUUAGUAGGUAGUAAUAAUAAUAACAAUAAUAAUAAUGAGUUUGGGCGUGAUCUGACAGAAUCGCCUCCACAAAUCGUAACCGCCGAUUCGAACGUCGAGGCCGAAGAGGGCAACUUCGCUACACUCAGGUGCAUCGUGAUCGGCAAACCCACGCCGACAAUCGUAUGGCAGAAGAACACCACACUGGUAAUAUAUCAUUAUAAUAACAUCAUAAAAGUUAUACAGUUUCCAUUACUAUUAUGUACUACUACUGCGCACUAAGGGACGUCAGGGGUUAUAUCCCCAUCUCCCGAUUAGAUUAAAAAUACAAAAACGUAUUUAUUUAGUAAUUUGAUCGUCAAAUCAUAUGUUGCAGCCAAGUUACAAGAAAAAAGAACAUGAUUUGUUCAAUAAAAAUUUUUUGAGUCCGGAUUUUAAAUUCUCGUUAACGGUGUAUCCAUAGCAAACGGUUUAUUUGUGAACCGCGAUUAAUGGUUAUUAUUUCAUACUACAUCCGGUAUUAAUGUUUAUUAUAAUAUGCACUUAAAUUUUCAGUUUAUGCAACUCGCAUAUUAUGUUUUAACACAAACACGAGUUAUUGGUUUACUAUCCAUCAUCUUCGUCAUAACCUAAUGUGUUUAAAAUACGUUUAUUUUUUAACCUGACCUAACCGAAACGCAUAAAAGUGGAAUAUCUCGUCGGCGGAUUGAUCGAAAUCAAAUUGAACAGUACAUUUAUUUUUACUAUUCUUGAUACAUACAGGUUGUCGAUUAAAAAUCGAAAGUAUAAGAUAAUCGUUCCACCCUUAAAAAUAAGGACGAUUAAAAAUUAUAAUUUUGUAACAUUUUAGAGCUGCAUUUUUCUUAAAUUUUCGAAAUAAUUUUUUUUUUACAAAUUUUUCGAAAUGUCGAACGCAGCCACUCACUCAAAUGGAUUCGCCCUGUGUAUAGGCACGACGGUUUCGCAUCGAGCAUUGUCACAAUGAACAACAUAUUCUGAACAAAAUAUCAAUAAAACGACGGUAUACUCGUAAUAGUUAUAAUUACGAGAAAUUCACAAAGCGUAAAAUCAGAUAUACAAUUUUUUUUAAAAAAAUUCAACAGAGGGGAGAUGUAACACCCACGUACCUCGGUUGAGCACGCCCCUGUCACUAGACGACGAUCGGAUAUUUUGUAAUCGCUGUUGUUGUGCGCGCGCGCGUUUCAGAUCGACGGGUCCGGAGGACAUUACAAGCUGUUCGCCGACGGUACUCUGCAGAUCGUCGGGCUGUACAGAUACGAUACGGGGUUGUACAUCUGUAUGGCCAGCAACGGUGUCGGCGAACCGAUCAGAAGAGAGGUUUACCUGACCGUUAAAGGUGAGCCUUAUUAGUUUCUAGUUUUUUCGUUUUUUCCGAUAGACAAUCAGCUAAUGUCUGUAAUACCUUCAUUCUCACCUACAUACGGUCCCGUGGACGCGCUUUAACCUAUUUGUAGACGUAAUUUGUUUCGAUCUUUUUUUUUUUUUUUUUUUCAUCUAAUAUUAUCGUUGAAUUUACUACUGCCUGCUUAUGACGAUGGUGACUUUACUCACCUGUGCGUAUUAACAAGCCAUUUUUCUAUUACAAUAAUAUACUAACUAAUACGCCCUCGGUGUUCGCAUGUGAUUGGUGUAUUUGUUGUUCGGUCCUUCUCCUUCGCGGUAUUGUUGUUGCUACUAACUCGCAGACCCGAUACGACGGGCGGCCAACACGAUCGGCGAGGAGAACACGGCCGUGGUGGUCUCGUUGGACAGCCCCACGGUGUUGCACUGUUACGCGGUCGGCUGGCCCAGGCCCGUGGUCGUGUGGUGGCGCGCCGACCGCAUGUUGCCAAUGAACUCGGAGGUGUUCGAACAGCGCCCCGAUCAUUCGUUGUACAUCCGAAGGGUGACGGUCGGUCUGCUCGGCCCGUACACGUGCCAGGCGUACAACGGGGUAGGCAGAGCCACGUCGUGGAGCAUAACGCUCCAAGCGUACGACACUGGGUUGGCGGGCUCUCCGACGGACAACCCGUACCUAGUGCCCCCGCCCAAGCAUCCGACCAGCGGCGACGUGAUCCGGAUCAGACCGAUCUUCGUCAAGCUCACCAGGCCGCCGCCCGUCUACAGGGUCGUAAGUAUGAACACUCGACCGCAGCUGACGGACGCCCCCGUGGCCGUCAACACCAGACCGCCGCCGAUUUACAGGACACCGCAACGGCCGGUGCAGCAGACGGACGGCUUCGUCGAGACCACGACCACGCGGACACAGACGCGCCAACAAAAAUUGUUUGUCGGUAAGUACGCCGCGCGCGCCGACUCGCCCUGCGGUCGUUACGUCUAGUACAUUAUGUUCACUGUGCGAAUUCGGUACUUACCGGCCGCUAUCGCGGGCAGAUCGCCGAAUAGGUUUUCCAAGAGUAAACAUUUUUCGCUCGCGCACAUUACGUUUCUCAUACAGUCGUGUAUUUGCCAUGGAAUUCCGGGAAGUCCGGGAGAGUCCGGGAAGUUUCCCGGUGGCCCGAUCGUGACUUUAUCAUCACGAAACUGAUUUCAUACUUAAAAUUGUUCUUUUUUUUUUUUUUUUUAUAUUAUUUUUCGAUAAAAAUAGUAUUUAUUACACACAGUAUACGAUAUAUAUGACUCAUCGUGCAUACGCCGUUGAUAAUGAGAAGGGAAACAAUAAUAUGAUUGUCUGACAAACUAUAUGAUAAUGUGGUUAAAUAUAUCGCGUCCACAGAUAUUACAUAAAGCGAAUAAUUGGGCGGUAAAAUUCAGAAUCGGUCCGACGCACGAACGUGAAACCGUGAUGUACACGGUUUACGACAAAAUUGUUUUUAACACCUUUCUGGAACUGUUUAGUUGUCUAGAAAUUCGUCGUGCGAACGACGGCUCUCGUCCAGUAUUUAAUGGCUGUAAGCAAUUUUAACCGGACCGCCUGAAUCGAUUUCGAUUGCGAACGGUCGUCGCGGGUGGUUAUCGCGUAAUCGCGUUCGUUAUUUUCGCAAAACAACUAAAAGGACUUUGUAAUUUUGGUUCAGUAUCGUUUCAGGGUAUAAUUAUUUUAUUACAUAAACUGGUAAAAAAAAAAAAAUAAUAAUUAAAACAACCAGUAGAGAACAUUCCACGAAAAUUCGCAGAAUUUUUCGAGCGGAAAGUUUUCUUUACAAGUACGUCCGAUAAACAUAAUUUUAUGAAUUAUCCGAAAAAUGGUAGUUUUUUUUUUUUUAAAUAUUUACGUCGGUACAAACUGGUGGAAAUUUACAUUUUUUUCAAACAUUUUUACAUCAGGUAAUAAAUCGUACCAGGUACAUAUUGUUUUAUUUCUCUAUAUUAUAAAAACUAUCUUAUAUUUUGGUAUUUUCUUAACUCUAGUUACGCUUUUAGAUUACUAAUAUUUAAUUUCUUUAUGUAUUAUUAUUAUUAUGAUCUAACAGUUUUUUUUUUAACUAUACCGUAUAAAGGAUUCUUCCUGAGGAAUAAACGCUUUGGGUUUUUUUUAUUUCAGUUAUAUAUAUAUAUAUAACUGAAUAGCCGAUAAUGUUUUAAGGAUGUUUUUGCUCGUGUUUCGUGAUGACUUUUUAAAAAACAUAAUUUGAGCUUAUCACUAACGAAUUAUUAUUUAAUGUAGUUUUAGUUGUUUAACGAUCUAAAAAUGUGCUUAUGAAAAAAAAAUCGUCUACUAAGCUUUGGUUAUGGUGAAAUUUGUUUGACAAGGUGUACACAUACAUAUUAUAAUAUAUUUUUCAGGUAUUUGUAGUAUACAGUAGAUAUAUACAUUUAGUACGAAAAACGUUAUCAAAAAACUUAUCGAAUUAUUACAAAACGUAAAAUAUAUGUAUUAUUUAUGAGUGAAUAAUACUGUAACGCACUGGUAGGUACACAGAACAAGGAUAUAUUUCUAAAAAAAGUCCAAAUGAAACAAACUUAUGCGUUACAGUAUACGCCACUGUACUUAUUAAUUUAUCAAUGAAAAUUAAAUUACAUGUUUCAUACAGUACAAAGGAAAAAACCAGGGGCACCCAUUUCCACCUCAUCCUUCCAUUUACCCCCUUCCAAUGACCGUGAUUAAGAACAUAUAAUAUCAAACACGAUAUAUUCGAGAAUACAAUAAUCUUAGAUCCGAGAUUUCCGAAUUAAACAACUGAAUUAUGAUCAUUACUUUUAACAAUUUUAAGGCAACUUUUAAAACAAAAUUGUUUCAAUCAUUUACGAGACAUUUGACUGUUAUUACUAAUUUUCUUUAAUCUGCCCGUGCACAGUAUUGUAAGAAAAAAAAAACGUCACCUAUCGUUUCCAUCCCCGUCCUGUUGGCCGUUUUUGCCAAGCAAUUUAUUUUCCAAAAACGGUACUUCCUUGUCUAAUCAACUAAUAUUAACGGUUUUUUUGUAAUCCUUGUAGCCAAGUUGAACCCCCAAUAAAUGAACGAAAAAAACAUUCGUUCCGACAAUUUCAAAAACCAUGUGUCAGACAUUAAGCAUAUUUUGUAUGAGAUUAAAUCCGAUUUCGAGAUACAUAUACGGACCUGUUUAUUCGCUUCUGCGUGUCAGACCUCUACGUCUGAUAGAUUUGACUGUGUAGUGCGCACAAACAGACAGUCACUUCCCCCUACCCCCGAAAUGAAUUAUUAGUUCGUCCAUCCAAAAGUCAUCCAGAAUCCGGUGGUAACUUAUAAAAUGAUGACAACUGCCCAGUUCGAAAGAUGCCAACCACCCAUCCAUGCACCAAAUUUUUGUUCGGGAUAGCUGUCCCAAAAAAUAUCGGUCGUGCCGACUACUAUUAUACGUUACAAUAAACCAUAAGUCCAAGGUUAAAAUGUUUAUGCACUUAAAAUCCAUACAAAGGACUUAAAAACGUUAAAAAAACCUCUAAAAAUAUAUUAUAGAAUAUUUAAAAGAGCAAUAAUGGUGGAGGAGUUUAAAAGUCCCCCCCUCCUCUAAUGGUUCUAACUUAUUAAAACAAUUAUUUUAACUAAAAAAAUGAUUAUUACAAAGUUAUUUUUUUCAAAUAAAUUUGAACGUUUUAUUAAAAAAAAAAAAAAUACUUUGUAUUUAUCAGUGUUAGAAAAUUGUAUUUAAUAGGACUCAAACCGUUAGCGGAGGGACUUUAAAAAUCCUCUACCGCUUUUGCUUCUUUAAAUAUUAAGAGAUUUUUUUGUCGAUUUAAGCGCUUUUUCGCAGAUUUCAAUUGCAUAUAAUAAAAACAUCCUAGCCCUAACCAUAAUAGCAUAUAAACGACUCGAAAAAUCAAAUCACACGGACGUCUACUGCAGUAGUGCUAAUCACAGUGGACUGUGCCCGUUUAUGGAAUUAUUUAGUUUACAUUACGAAUAUUGCAGGUACAUUGACAAAUUCACUACAUAAAUAUAAUAUUAUAAUUGUGCGGUAUUUAUCGAGUAGUUACGGUUCGAUAUUCGAAUAUUUGAUUGCCUAUAGGUAGUUGAAAAUGUAUUCCGAUACUUGACAUUUUAUUAGUCCGAAGCAAUAUAAUAUUUUAAUAAUAUGUAUAAUAAUUAACAUUUUUCCAUCGCAGUUCCGGUACAAGUUAAUAUUUCGUUAUCCACUACGAAGUACUCUCUGGGCUCGGACUUGAGCAUCCCUUGUUGGGUGGACGGUUAUCCGACACCCACCGUGCAGUGGUACAAAGACGGACAGCUGUUGCGAAACAGCGAACGGAUUCAAAUAGCCGGUAAGCAAGUUUCAAAAUGCGUGGGUAUAUAAUAACAACAAUGCGUAUUAAACAGAAGGUUUUCAAUAAUAACAAUAACAAUAAAAUUCAGUAUUAUAAUUUUGAUUUUUUUUUUUUCUCUCUCUUUCAGAAAACAAAUUGAUUGUCGUGCGUACGAACACUUUGGAUUCGGGUUCUUAUAAAUGCGAAGCGUAUAACGCGUACAGCUCCGAUGAGAAAACCGUGAACAUUUCAAUUGAAGGUGUUUAUGACUUAUUAUAUGAUUCUAAAGGGUUUUAUACCGAUGUAUGCGAUUUUUUUUUCUGUCUGUAAACAACUUUUCUACUAAAAAUCUUGUCUAUACGGUGUUUAAUGAAAUCGUUUUUUGAUGAUCCGUGCAGUUUUCUUAAUAGUAGGGAAAACCACCAGGAAGCAAAAAUCGGGAAGCACUGAAAAGUUUACGGCAUGAACGGUUUCGUUGUUUUCAAUUUUGUUUUUUUGCCGUAAUUUGAUUUGAAAAUAACCAUCGCAAAGACCUGAAAUAUCUACAAAAAACUUUUAUUAGCAUUUUCUAGACGUCGUAAAAUUUUCAAAAUAUUUUCGUGAUUUUUGAGCUAUUUAUUUGAGCAUUUGCAUGUUUGAAUUCGUUUAAUUUUAUGUGAGUAUCAUUGAUUGGCCGAAUAGAAAUGCUUAAAAAUAAAAAAAUUAUUUUAAGAUUUUAAGUUUAACUUAUCGAUAAAAAAAGAAAUACUUCGCACGAUGGGCCACAAUUGUAGAUGAGUAGUUGGGAAAGUAAAAGGGAAAUUUAAUGUAUAUCUAUAUGCAACGAUUAACCAUUAAAUUAAAUAAAUAAAUAAAGUAAAUAAAUACAUAAAUAAAAAAUGUAUAUAUUUAUUUACGAAUAUUAUUCAUUUUAAUAGUUUUGUUAUUUCUUUAUUAUUUUAUUACUGAUUAACCAUUACCAACGAAAAACGAUUCUGAACGGAGUUCAGUUAAUAGUGUUGAGUUUUCAACAUUAUAUACGUCAUAUAAUGGUAAAAUAGUUUUAUAAUAUGCAUUAUAUAUUUUCUUUAAUGGCAUUUUUUACUAAAACGAUUUUCGUCAAAUUUUGGUACUAAAAUUUGUAUAAACAAAAAUUUUACAUUAAACUCAAAUUUUUCUAGUUGACCACAAAGUACAACUUAUAAUAAACUUCCUGUUAAAUUUUCUAGCAUUUCUGUUUAGUCUAAAAAUGUAUCCACGAGUAUUUAGCGAACAAAAAUUAUAUAAAAAAAACCUCGUAAAAUCGCAAUGUCUUUAUAGACAUUAUAAAUAGCUCGAAAAUGGCUACAACAUUUUGAAAAUUUGACCACGUCUAGAAAAGUCAAAUAUAUGGUUUUAUCCAAACUUCAAGUCUCAACAAAUAUUUUAAUUGAAUCAAAACAACUCUAAACAAAAAAACGAAAAAUUAAAAAUUAUACAUUUCAUAAACUUUUCCGUUUUUCCCAUUUAUCCCAUCUAGGAAAAUUACCUUCCUAAAUUAUCAUCCCAGUCAAGUUUCCUUUCAGAAAAAAUGCUAUACUUAAAAAUUGGAGCAAAUUUGAUGGAAUAGAAAAGUGGUCCACAGAAAAAAUAAAAUAAAAACGAAAACAAAAUAAACAUCAUUGUGAAACCAAUACAUUAAUCGCUCGGCUCAGAAUCUAAAAGUUUUAGUUUGGUAGUUUUUUUUAUACGCGUUUUAAGAUUACCUUUUGACAAAAACCGUAAAAAUUAUGGCAUUUCUAAAGAUUUUCGUAGCAAUGAUUUAUUGUUAGGUACAGAUAUAAAUUUAAUGAUUUUAUGCAUCCUAUAUUUGUCUACAGUCGUCGCGUUUAAUCGGCGGUAAAUUAUUCAAAUAAUUUUCAAUCCGACUGGCCGGUGUUUAGAUAGCGGUCGACAAAUCAGUGUAUCGAAAUUCCAAAUCCGGAUUUACAAUGCAAUUCAGUUGGGUACCGGAAAUCCGGAUUUUCGAACUUUGGCAAACCCGAAUUUUCCAAAUAGUAUAAUACAAAUAAAACACAUUAACUUAUUUCUUCAUCGACCGUUCUCCAUAGGUGAAAAUAAACCAAAUAUUGUAUAUAUAAUUUUUUUUUUUUUUUUUUUUUCGGGUGGGACUUAUAUAAUUAUAAUUAUACAUCCACGGAAUAUCGCCUUUAAAGACUACGUAUGCUUAGUAUGUAUCCUUGACGAGCACUUGAUUUGAAAUGAGGUUUUGCAAAGUUGCAAGGGUCUAAACCGACCCAAACAUCCACCAACUGUUUGCGACAAUAAGAACAAUGUGUCUCGUCCGAAAAAUUGAUUUCCCCGUACAUUAUUCGGUCCUGUAAACUAUAUACGUUUUUCUUUUUUCGUUGUACUUUGAUAACCUUCCGUUUUCGUUUGUGUUUAUUUUAAAGGCUUGUACAUCCAUCCGAACUGUACGGACAAACAAUUUUUCGCCAAUUGCACUCUGAUCGUGAGCGGAUACUACUGCGACCAUCCGUACUACAAAAUGUUUUGCUGCGAGUCGUGCACGCGAGCCGGUCUAUUGCCGGCCAACAAUGACCGCCAGCCCAACUUUUCGUACAUCAGCAACACGAUAAGACGGUUCAGGAGGGAUCUAGUCAACAAACUCCAGAAUUUGAACCUUUUCUGAGCAAAAAAUUAACAUAUACACCAUUCUCUCAGUGGAGUGUGUAUUUUCUUUUUUUUUUUUUUUUUAGUCAUAAAUUCAAACAAAAAAAUAAUCAUAAUGAUAAUAAGCGAUAAUAAUAAUAUCGAGUAAAAUAUAUGGUGUCGCACCAAUAUUAUUAUUAUUGUAAUUUUUUUUUUUUUUGUACUAUAAUUAUAUCAUUAUCAUUAUUAUUAUUACUACUAUAUUAUAUUACUUUUAUUAUUUAUUAUUAUUAUUACUAUUUUUAUUAUUACUAUUAUAACAAAUCCAAAUUGUAUUAGUUUCAAAAAUCUGUUAAAAAUCAUACACGCAGUCAUUCCAUGUAAUAAUUAUUUAUAUGUUUUCUUACCUAUACCUAAUACUAACAGGGCUGGGCUAUUAGAUCCAAGUAUUUAAGAUACACAUCUACAGAGUUAUACAAACUUGUACCUAGACACAUAAUUCGGAAGUAUCUAAAUACUUUUUUGACAUGUAUAUUUUUAUUUAAUAUUUUUACCAAUAAUGAUUUUUCAAAAUUUGUCAAAAUUUAAACAAUUUACAAUUCAUUCAUUAAUUCACUAAUACCCCAUGUAAGUAUAAUAUUUUUAAUAUGUCUGAAAAUACUUUUUAAAAAUAAUUUUUUUGAAAGAUAAACAAGUAUUUAUUUUUGAAAAACGAAUGUCUACAAUCCCUGAAAUUUAAUAAAACUUUACUGAAAUAUUAUAUUUCUUUUAAAUAAGAAUUUUAAAUUUAAAAAAAUUGAAUACAAUUAAUUAGAAAUGUCUAGUAUCAAUGUAUCAUCGCCUAUUUUUCUUUCUUUUCUUUUUUUUUUUUUGUAUUUCUGAUAUUUGUAUCCACUAAUAUAAAUUACAAUCAAAAAGAUAUUAAAGUAUCGUUUAUAAUCGAUAUACUUUUUUGUGAUUAUCUUGUCCAGCCCUGCGUAUUACUAAUAGUAUAAAUGUGCUGUACAGAUUAUGAUAUACUUAUACUGUUGUGACGCACGUAUUAUACAUAAGUAUGUUUUAAAAUAUUUAAAUUAAUUAUUUUUUACUUUAUUUAUCAGAUACCGAUAUAUUUUUUAAAUUAGUUCCUAAUAAUAGUUACUCAUUAUUGGAAAUAGUUUAUUACUUUAUGAAAUAUUAUUAUAUAUCUAAUAUCUAAACUAUAGGUACAUAUUGUUGUGUAGGCACCUAUAUAGCGGGCAUUAAUGUUUAAUUUUACUUUUGUACUGUCAAUUCAUAAUGUGUAGUAGGUACCUAUAUGGAGGGUACAGGGGAAAAAAAAAUUAGAAAAUUCGCUUUUUUUUCCAAAAUAUAUAUUUUGAUAUUGCGAUAUUGGUAUCAAACAAUAUUCGUAUUGAUCACGUACCGUAUCUCUUAUGCGAUCGAACCGGCGAAAAAACCGGACUAGUUGAAAUUAAUGUGCGCCACAGAAAUUUAGGCCUAUAGGAAAAUAAACAGGUAAAUAGGUCAAUUGAUAACCCGACCAAUGUGCUGGAUGAAAGGCCGUGGUCAAUAAUAUGUUAUGGCAUUAUUGCGUUGCGUUUACUGCAUUUCAAAGUUUAACAUUAGACUUAUUUUGAACUUUUUACUUUAUAAAAAUAAAAAACUGUUACGUUUUUAAAUUAAAAACACGUUCUUCUCGGUUUGAAAAAAGUGACUUUUCUGCGUUUUUCCCUAUACCCUCCAUAUACUAUGGGCGAUUGAAAUUAUAAUAUAAGUACCUAAAACUAAUCGCAUACGAUUUUUAACUAUAACAAUAUAAUGUUGGCACAUACACAUAAUAAUAGUAUGAAGCGUUUCCAUUUCGAAUAGGGUAACUGUAGGUAUACAAUGUAUUAGUUGCUAUUUAAAUAUUUCACGUAUCCACGGUUAAAAUUAAAAUAUUAAUAAUAUAUUAUCUUAAGUUCUUUAGUAAAAUAAUAAUAUUAUUCAUUUUCAACGAUAACGCGUAUAAUAAUUGUUAACAUAUUAGCAAUAAUAUUAUAACAUAGUGUUCGGGUUUAUAUUAUAUAAGCAUUUUAGGUGCAUUUUAAAAAACGCUUAAAAUUAUUUACAUAUAUUUGUGUGGCCAUUUAUAACAUCCCGACGCGGAUUAAUAUUAUUAUCCACCAAAUUGUGUUUACGCGAUUCAUUACAAAAAUAUAUUAUGUAUUACGAGUUAUUUACAUUUUAAUAACUAUAUUAUACCUAUAUCACUAACUUUAUACUUAUCGACACGUCUUCAAAAAAAAAAAACUUGUUCGGCUUUAUUACUACGCUUUUUUGAAUAAACACGUGUAUUAUUAUACGGAAAUUAAUUUCUGGAAACCUUUAUUUAGAUAAUUUGAAUGCUAAUAUAAAUAAUAGUGUAAUACAGUAAAAAAACGUAAUUUAUUUUAUGGUAGAAAACGCGGUUUGGACCGAAGUUUACCGCGCAACUUCGCAGGUGUACCCAACAGAACGACAAUGGUGCGCAUGUUACGGUUUUCACAACAGAUUCGAUUAUCUACGUCAUAACAGUGUAGCUAAUUUCCUUUUUUAAAAAACCUAUCCAAGGCUGCCCGGUUGGCGUCUCCUCCCCAAAGAGGUGCGAAUAUUUUACGUUCCAUCAACGAGGCCGCCCGACUGACAAGCCCGGCCUCGUGGCACAGACGCGUGCGCUUGAUGGCCCUGAUCACGUUCACGUCGUGUCUGACCUUCGGCGACAACCAUUGCACGGCGUCCGCCAACGUGGCCACCGUGCCGUCCACCAGGCCGACGUCCGUGGCCUCAGACGCGCUCAGCCGCCGGCCGUCCAGCAACAGGUCCAACGUAGUCCGCGGUCCCACUAACGACAUGAGACGGCCGCUAGAGCCCCACGCCGGCACUAAACCCAUUGUCCCGUGAAUGAACCCUAUGGCCGUGGUCUCAGAACUGUUGCUCAUCAACCGGUAAUCGCACGCCGUCGUAAUUUCGGCUCCUCCUCCCAGCGCGCC